AUGAAAAUAUUUUUGCCACUAGUCACGUGGAUAGUGCUACUACUCUCGAGUACAGUACAUUCACAACACAAACAACAAUUAUCACCAUUUAAAAUAAAUCCAAAUCAACAGAGUCGAUUUCGUGGUGAAGUGUUUUUUCUGAACCUCGAAGACGGCUAUUUUGGCUGCCAAGUUAAUGAGUCCACAGACUAUCUACAACUAUACGAACUAUCGAAAUUAUGCGACGGCACCCAAGAUUGUUUCCUUGGGUCCGAUGAGUUGAGCAAAGAGCUCAAAUGCACAAAUGACUGUGAUAAGGAUGGCACACAGUGCACACAUGGUGUUUGUUUGAAUGGCGUAUGCCAUUGCAAUGACGGUUAUGGCGGCUGCAAUUGCAUCGAGGAGGAUGAGAAUGAAUGCAAAAACCGUCCAUGCGAUGUUUUUGCCCAUUGCACAAACACACUAGGCAGCUUUACGUGUACCUGCUUUCCGGGCUAUCGCGGUGAUGGUCUGCAUUGUGAAGACAUUGACGAAUGUCAGGACCCAGCGAUAGCUGCGCGCUGCGUCGAGAACGCUGAGUGUUGUAAUCUGCCUGCGCAUUUCUUGUGUAAAUGCAAGGACGGCUACGAGGGCGAUGGCGAAGUGCUUUGCGCAGACGUUGAUGAGUGCCGCAAUCCACAGGCUUGCGGCGUGAAUGCGCAAUGCAUUAAUACGGUCGGAAAUUACACAUGCGCCUGCCCGGAGGGCUUUGUAGGUAAUGCCUACGAUGGCUGCCAGGACAUUGACGAGUGCGCAUAUUCUAAUGUCUGCGGACCCGGUGCCAUAUGUACGAAUCUCGAGGGCAGUUAUCGCUGCGACUGCCCGCCGGGAUACGAAGGUGAUGGACGCACCGAACAGGGUUGCGUGGACCAUGAUGAAUGCGGACGCACGCCUUGCGGCCGAAACGCCAAUUGCCUUAACACCGAUGGUAGCUUCAAGUGUUUGUGCCCAGAUGGCUAUAGCGGUGAUCCCAUGCACGGUUGCGAAGAUGUCGAUGAAUGCGCUACUAACAAUCCAUGCGGUUUGGGUGCUGAAUGCGUGAACAUGGGCGGUAGCUUUCAAUGUCGUUGUCCAAUUGGUUUUGUUCUUGAGCAUGAUCCACAAGCGCCGCUGCCUCAACCAACACUAUCACUCGGGUAUGACGACGGUGGUCACACAUUUGAAACGCCAACGUUGACAUCGGGCGCCGGGCUAGCCUGUCUGGACAUUGAUGAAUGCAAUAUGCCCGACGGAGCUGCUAGCUGCGGCAUUAAUGCCAAGUGCAUUAAUUUUCCGGGGUCGUAUCGCUGUCUGUGUCCCAAUGGCUUUCAGGGACAGGGCUAUUUGCACUGCGAGAAUAUCAACGAGUGCCAGGAUAAUCCUUGCGGGGAGAAUGCCGUUUGUACGGACACAAUUGGUAGUUUCGUUUGCACAUGCAAACCUGACUACACCGGUGAUCCAUUCCGCGGUUGUGUAGACAUCGACGAGUGUGCUGCCUUGGAGAAACCUUGCGGCCAAUAUGCCAUAUGCGAAAAUGCUGCACCCGGAUACAAUUGCAAAUGCCCACAGGGCUAUGACGGCAAACCAGAUCCCAAGGUAGCCUGCGAACAGGUGGAUGUCAACAUUCUGUGUCGCACCAACUUCGAUUGUACCAAUAACGCCGAAUGCAUAGAAAGUCAAUGCUUCUGCCUGGAUGGAUUCGAGCCCAUUGGAUCAAGCUGUGUCGACAUCGAUGAGUGUCGCACUCAUGCCGAUGCCUGCGGCCCUCAUGCUCAGUGCAUAAAUACGCCGGGCUCCUAUCGCUGCGACUGCGAGGCCGGCUACGUGGGCACUCCUCCGCGCAUUGCCUGCAAAGAACCUUGCGAGGAUGUACGCUGUGGUGAUCAUGCGUACUGUAAGCCGGAUAACAACGAGGCAUAUUGUGUUUGCGAUGAUGGCUGGACGUACAAUCCCAGCGAUGUGGCCGCCGGAUGCAUGGACAUUGAUGAAUGUGAUACAGUGCACGGAUCUUUUGGCAGCUGUGGCGUAAAUGCUACCUGCACCAAUACGCCGGGCAGCUUUAAAUGCGCGUGCCCCCCGGGCUUUUCUGGCGACCCAUUUAGCAAGUGUAUCGAUGUAGACGAGUGCCAUGUGAGCAAUAAGUGUGGCAUCGGUGCCGAAUGUGUCAACAUGAAUGGAGGCUAUACAUGUCGGUGUCCUGAAAACACAAUACCCGAUCCAGAUCCCAGCUUGCGUUGUGUGCCCAUUGUCAGUUGCAACACUAGCGAACAGUGCCCUGGAAAUGCUAUAUGUGACAAUACUAAGCGCUGUCUAUGCCCGGAACCAAAUAUAGGAAACGAUUGUCGACAUCCCUGCGAAGCCAAAGAUUGUGGAGCGCAUGCACAAUGCAUGCUGGCCAAUGGAGAGGCACAGUGCUUGUGUGCUCAGGGCUAUACAGGUAACCCGAUGCUUCCAGGUGGCUGCAAUGACAUCGAUGAGUGCAAGGCCAACCCUUGUGCAACUAAUGCCAUAUGCACCAAUACUGCAGGAGGAUAUUUGUGUCAAUGUCCAAGUGGUGCAACUGGCGAUGCCUAUCGUGACGGCUGUGCCACAUCAAAGACUAUCGGCUGCUCUGACGCCAAUCCUUGCGCUUUAGGAGAGAUUUGUGUUCAGGAUUCAUUCAAUGGCAACAGUGUUUGUAUCUGCCGUCAAGGAUAUGAGCGAAAUGAGCAAAAUGGGCUGUGUCAGGAUAUUGAUGAGUGUUCGGCACAGCGUACCAAACCUGCCUGUGGACUUAAUGCACUAUGCAAGAAUUUGCCUGGCAGUUAUGAGUGCCGCUGCGCUCAGGGCUAUAACGGAAAUCCCUUCGUGAUGUGCGAGAUUUGUAACACACCCGAGUGUCAAUGUCAGUCACCCUACAAGCUAGUAGGCAAUACCUGCGUACUGGCGGGUUGCUCCAACGGUGAGAAAUGCCCCAUUGGUGCCGAAUGCAUAUCCAUUGCAGGUGGCGUUAGCUACUGUGCUUGUCCCAAGGGCUACAAGACGCAGCCCGAUGGAAGUUGCGUAGACGUGGACGAAUGCGUAGAGCGAGGUGCACAAAUUUGCGCUUAUGGCGCCCAAUGCAUUAACAACCUGGGUGGUUUUGAGUGCGUCUGCCCUGAAGGUUACAAUGGUGAUGCGUAUCAUGGACUAUGUGCUCCGGCUCAACGAAAAUGCGCCGCAGAUAAGGAAUGCGCCACAAAUGAGAAAUGUAUACAGCCUGGAGAAUGUGUAUGUCCGCCACCAUUUUUCUUGGAUCCGUACGACAACAACAAAUGCAAAAGUCCCUGCGAACGUUUCCCAUGCGGAAUUAAUGCCAAAUGUACACCUUCUGAUCCACCACAGUGCAUGUGUGAGGCAGGAUUUAAAGGCGAUCCUUUAAUGGGCUGCACAGAUGAGGAUGAGUGUGCCCACUUGCCCUGUGCUUAUGGUGCAUAUUGUGUUAAUAAGAAGGGCGGUUAUCAGUGUGUUUGCCCGAAAGGUUUUACGGGUGAUGCCUACAAAAGCGGUUGCAUUUUGGAAUCUGGAGAACCGAAAAGCAAGUGUAUUACCAAUGAAGAUUGUGCCAGCAAUUUGGCUUGCAUAGAAGGCACAUGUCUCAGUCCUUGUUCCAGUCUCCUGUGCGGCUCAAAUGCUUAUUGCGAAACUGAACAGCAUGCAGGCUGGUGUCGCUGUCGUAUUGGCUUUGUAAAAGAUCCACAAGGAGAAUGCGUUUCGCAGUGCAAGGACAUUAUUUGCGGUGAAGGAGCUCUCUGCAUCCCCACAAGCGAUGGACCUACUUGCAAGUGCCCGCAGGGCUACUUGGGCAACCCUUUCCCGGGCGGCAAUUGCACCACAGAUCAAUGCAGUGCUUCAAGGUCAUGCAAUGAACGGCAGAUCUGUAUCAAUGGACGUUGCAAGGAACGUUGUGAUGGCAUCGUUUGCGGCAUUGGCGCUACUUGCGAUAAGGGCAGUGGCAAAUGCGUUUGCGAACCAAACUUUGUGGGUAAUCCCGAUCUGUUGUGCAUGCCACCCAUCGAGUAUGCAAAAUGCUCUCCCGCUUGUGGCGAAAACGCACAUUGUGAGUAUGGUUUUGGACAGAGCCAUUGCGCAUGCAACCUAGGUACCUCAGGUAAUCCGUACGAAGGCUGCGGAGCGCAGAGCAAAAAUGUGUGCGCACCCAACAGCUGCGGAUCCAACGCUGAAUGCCGAUCGGAAGGAAAUCGCAUUACUUGCAUUUGUCCGCAAGGUUUCAGCGGCAACCCGUAUGUGGGCUGUCACGAUGUGGAUGAGUGCGCCAGUAAGCCAUGUGGACUUAACGCAGCAUGUCUUAACACGGAUGGAGGAUUUGAAUGUCUAUGUUUAUCCGGCUACGCAGGCAACCCUUAUAGCAGUUGCCAGCCCAUCGAUAGAAGCUUCUGUGAAGAUCCCAACAAAUGCCAAUGUAAUGAGCGUGUUGAAUGCCCAGAUGGGUACAGCUGUGAUGAGGGAAAAUGCAGAAAUCUUUGCUCCAAGACUGCCUGUGGACCAAGAGCAAUUUGCGAUGCUGGAAAAUGUCUAUGCCCCCUCGGCUACCAAGGUGAUCCACAUGAUCUUAACCAGGGCUGUACCAUUCGUGGACAAUGCGAAAAUGAUGCCAGCUGCAAGCACUCGGAAAUUUGCUUUCAGCUCGGAAAAGGCCUUCGAAAAUGCGUCGAUGCAUGCUCCAAAAUACAGUGCGGUCCCAAUGCACUUUGUGUUGCCAACGAUCACAGAUCGUCAUGCAUUUGCGCUGAUGGAUACUUUGGCAAUCCGAGUAAUCUUCAAGUGGGCUGCCAACCGGAGCGAAAAGUUCCAGAAAUACAUGACACAUGUAAAUCAGAUUCGGAAUGUGAAAAAGGUUUUGUUUGCCAAGCCAUUGGUGCAGAAGGAACACGUCAGUGCAUCAAUCUAUGCUCCAAUGUCGUUUGCGGUACAAACGAGCUGUGUAAAAUUGAUCAGGAUGGACAUGCCAUUUGUAAUUGUGCUGAGAGCUUUGUAUGGAAUCCUGUAUCUUCUGCUUGCGAAAAACCAUCAUUGCCUGACUGUACCAACGAUGAAAACUGUCCCAGCAACUUUGCGUGUCGGCCCGACGUUGUCGGCGUACUUAAAUGCAUCUCCAUAUGCGACGAAUUCACCUGCCCUGCAAACUCAAUUUGUGUUGCACGCAAUCAUCAGGGACGCUGCGAUUGCCUUAACGGUUUCGUUGGUAAUCCUAACGAUCGAAAUGGAUGCCAACCAGUACAAAAGCAUCAAUGUAGUUCUAACGCCGAGUGUCCAGAGUCCGAAGCCUGCAUCAAAGAUGAAUCUACAAAAUCCCUAUCCUGUCGUCCAGCCUGUGAGAGUGUCAAGUGCGGUCCACGAGCUGUUUGCAUCACCAACAAUCAUCAAGCACAAUGUCAAUGCCCUCCUGGUCCUUUUGCUGGCGAUCCUUACGAUCCAUUCAAUGGCUGCCAGAGUGUACCUUGUGUUUACAAUCACGACUGUGAGCCUAGCCAAAUGUGCAAUCGAAUGACGCACACUUGCUAUGACGUAUGUGACGAGGAAUCCUGCGGUGAAAAUGCUAUUUGUUUGGCUGAAGGGCAUCGUGCCGUUUGCCAAUGUCCACCUGGAUAUAAAGGCAAUCCCAUUCCCGAGGUGGAAUGCACCAAGGUUGGAGGCUGCGCCGCUGGCACUUGUCAUCAUACAGCCAUUUGCGAGGUCACACCAGCCGGACCCAUAUGCAAGUGUCCGGAACAUUUUGUAGGAGAGCCUACGACAACGGGCUGCCGUCCAGAUGGCCAAUGUCCCAAUGGUGACGCAGAUUGUCCAGCUAAUACUAUUUGCGCAGGUGGACGUUGUCUUAAUCCUUGCGACAAUGCUUGCGGUGAGAAUGCCGAUUGCAAGGUAGUUAAUCGAAAGCCCGUAUGCAGCUGUCCACUGCGCUUCCAACCGAUUUCAGAGUCAGCUAAAGAGGGCUGCACUCGCACACCAUCCAAAUGUCUUACUGAUAUAGAUUGCGGCGGUGAAGUCUGUUUAAAUGGACAGUGUCGCGUGGCUUGUCGAAAUUCUCAGGAUUGUUCCGGUGGCGAAAAGUGCAUUGGUAAUGUCUGCGUCGUCGCCUGCCUCGAUCACAGUCAAUGCGCUACCGGACUGGCAUGUCUGGACAGUCACUGCUCGAUUGGUUGUCGUAGCAACAAAGACUGCAAGGGCGACGAGUCCUGCAUCAACAACAAAUGCCUUAAUCCCUGUCAGGCCGGCAACAUUUGCGGCCCAAAUGCUCUAUGCAAGAUUGAGCAGCAUCGAAGUCAGUGCAGUUGCCCCGAAGGAUUUGAAGGUAACCCAACACCCGAUCAAGGUUGCGUCCGUGUGCCUGCACCUUGUUUGGCCACUAAUCAAUGCCCCAACGGUCACAUGUGCAUUGCUAAUCAAUGCAAUCUUCCAUGCACCAAGACAUCGGUGUGUGCAAUUGGAGAGCGCUGCUACCAGAAUGUAUGUCGUAAAGUUUGCUACACCAGCAACAAUUGCCUGGCUGGCGAAAUUUGCAAUGGUGAUAGAACAUGCCAGCCAGGGUGCGACUCAGACGCCGACUGCCCACCAACGGAGCUUUGCUUAACGGGGAAAUGUAAAUGUGCCACUGGUUUUAUUGGAACACCAUUUGGUUGUUCCGACAUUGAUGAAUGCACGGAGAAACCCUGCCAUGCAAGUGCACGAUGUGAAAAUAUACCUGGCUCCUAUAGAUGCAUUUGUCCCGAGGGAACUGUCGGUGAUGGUUACACAAACCAGGGCUGUACAAAACCGAAGGAAUGCUAUAAGAGCGACGAUUGUGCCAAUAACCUAGUCUGCUUCCAAGACAAAUGCACAGAUCCGUGUCUGAAGACAGUUUGCGGCCCAAAUGCCCUUUGCCAAUCGGAAGCACACCAAUCGGUGUGCAACUGUCCAGCAGGCUUUUUAGGUGAUCCUAAUGAUACAGGCGUCGGUUGCUUCAAGGUAGAAUGCAUAGAUCAUGUGGACUGUUCCAGUGAUCACGCCUGCGACACAGAAACGAAUCGUUGCAUCCAGCCCUGUGAUCUCGUGAACUGCGGCAAGGGAAAUUGCAAUGCAAUGGAUCACAAGGCCGUAUGCACCUGCUACGAAGGAUACCAGCUUCUCAAUGGCGCAUGCGAGGAUGUAAACGAAUGCAUGUCUCAGCCCUGCCACAGUACAGCUUUUUGCAACAAUUUACCUGGCAGCUUCAACUGUCAGUGUCCCGAGGGAUUAAUUGGAGAUCCCGUACAGUCAGGUUGCCGCGAUCCCAAUGAAUGUCUAACUGACUCUGAUUGCCCUUCAACUGCCAGUUGUCAAAACUCACGCUGUCGCAAUCCCUGUGAGGAACCUAACGCGUGCGGCCGCAACUCGAACUGUGUGGCUCAGUCCCAUACCGCUGUCUGCACAUGCCCACCUAACUCCCGUGGUGAUCCUUCCGUUGAAUGCACGCACAUUGAAUGCGUGGACAAUGAUGAUUGUUCCAGCGACAAGGCCUGCCUCGAUGCCAAAUGUAUAGAUCCCUGCUCGCUACCAAAUGCUUGCGGCGCUCAGGCACGUUGCUCAGUUCAAAAUCAUAUCGGAUUAUGUACUUGCGAAUCGGGAACUACUGGAGAUGCUAAGCAAGGCUGCGUUCAAUUGCAGUACUGUCAAAAGGAUGGGCAAUGUGCACAAGGAAGCAUUUGCACCAAUGGAAUUUGUAGUCCACUCUGUAGUAGCAAUCGAGAUUGCAUCUCCGAUCAGCUGUGCAUACAGGGAGUGUGCCAACUUACAUGCAAAACCAACAGUACUUGCCCUGAAUUCCAGUUCUGUUUAAAUAACAUUUGCACAAAGGAGUUGCUGUGUAGAACAGACAGCGAUUGUGAAAUGGAUGAAACCUGCAUACAAGAUGCCUACGGACGUGCGCGUUGUGAAAACGUGUGCCUGGGACGCGCAGCUUGCGGGCGAAAUGCAGAGUGCGUUGCACGAUCUCAUUCUCCGGAUUGCUCCUGCAAAGAAGGAUUCUUUGGCGACGCACGGUCCGGAUGCCGUAAAAUAGAAUGUAGCACCGAUGAUGAUUGCUCCAAUGAUAAGACGUGUGAUAAUAAUAUGUGCAAGAUAGCCUGUCUUAUUGGACAGCCGUGUGGAGAAAAUGCACUUUGCACCACCGAGCACCAUAAACAGGUGUGUCACUGCCAGCCUGGAUUUACAGGUGACCCACGUAUUCGCUGCGACGUAAUCGAUUUUUGCAAGGACGCACCGUGUGGUCCUGGAGCUCGUUGUCGCAAUUCCCGGGGCUCGUUUAAAUGUAAUUGUCCACCCGGUCUUGUCGGUGAUCCCUACAAUGAGGGCUGUCGAACUUCAGUAGAAUGUGAAACUCACGAUGACUGUCCCCCGCAUGCUGAGUGCACAAAAACAAAUGGUACACCUAAAUGUCAUGAUGUUUGUGCACAGGUUAAAUGUGGCUUAAAUGCGGAAUGUGUUCCUAAGGGCCACGUUGCGCACUGUGCAUGUCGCAAUGGCUACGAAGGCAACCCCGCUGAUCGGGCUGUCGGCUGCAAGCCAUUGCCAGUGCCUUGUCAGGUGACAAGUGACUGCCCGACUAAUACCUACUGCUCGGAUAGUGUGUGUAAACCUGCUUGUGUUUUGGAUACUGAAUGUGGCUCCUCAGAAGUAUGCCAAGGUGGUCAAUGCUUCGAUCCGUGCCAACAACCACAAGCUUGUGGCUUGAAUGCGCAGUGUCAAAUAUUUAGUCAUGUCAAACAAUGCCACUGUCCCGAGGGCUUCACCGGCGAUGCUAUCAAAGAAUGUGUCCGCGUACCUGUUGCUUGUGACGGAGUGUGCGGGCCAGGCUAUACAUGUCAGGACUCAAUGUGUCUGCCGAUAUGUCAGAACGAUCUGCAGUGCGCCUCUAAUGAGAAGUGUUUGCGAGGAACUUGCAUGUUGACUUGCCGCGUGGACAAUGACUGUUUCCUGGGUCAUGUUUGCCUGCACAACAAAUGUGUUUACGGCUGUCAUGUAGAUGAUGACUGUAGUGGCUCUGAAUCUUGCCGGAACGAUAAAUGUAUAAAUCCGUGCUUGGAAAGUCCUUGCGGACCCAAUGCUGCUUGCUCGGUGUCCAAUCAUCGCGCUAGCUGCAGCUGCCUGGAGAAUAUGGUACCCAAUCCAACAGCCCAGGUUGGUUGCGUACGUGCCCCACCACUGGAAUGUUAUGAAAAUCGUGACUGUGCCAAUGGGCUAGCCUGUUUUGAAUCAGUCUGCCGUCCACUUUGCGCCGAUGAUGCUGGCUGCCUUACCAAUGAGCGAUGUCAGCAGGGAGUCUGCAAGCCGCUUUGUCGGAACGACAAUGAAUGUGGUUCCAGCGAGAUAUGCUUAGGUCUCUCCUGCAUUCCAGGCUGCCGGUCAAAUCAGGGCUGUCCCACCCACAUGGACUGUAUAAAUCAGCAGUGUGUGAAUCCUUGUGCUGAUGCUACGGCCUGCGGCACUAAUGCUAUCUGCGAAGUCAUCAAUCAUCGGAAGCAAUGCCGUUGUCCUGAUGGACUAGACGGCAAUGCAGAUAUAUCUUGCAAAACACCACGCACUGCUUGCAGCCAGAACGAGGACUGCCAGACGAAUCAGUUGUGCUAUGCCGGCAGUUGCCAGGGCAAAUGCCGCAAUGACCAGAACUGCUUGGCAGAUGAGCGUUGCAUGCGUGGCACUUGCCGUACAGUCUGCAACACGGACAACGCCUGUGCACAGGGCCAAAUUUGCGAGAAUCGCGUCUGCCAAAUAGGAUGCCGCAAUGACUUGAGUUGUGCAAACGAUGAGGCCUGCGUGAAUAAGAAAUGCAAGAAUCCAUGUGAUACGCCUGGUCAAUGCGGCCAGUGUGCCGAUUGUUGGGUUAUAAACCACGGCGUUCAGUGUCAAUGUCCAGGCAACUUCAUUGGCGAUGGUCUAUCCGGUUGCCAGCUGCCACCUGAACGCUGCCAUAACGGUUGCGAAUGUGACGAAUCUUCCACCUACUGUGCGCCGAAGUGCGCACGCACCGAUGACUGCGCCUGUGGCCAGUUGUGCUCUCGUGGAAAAUGCCGCAACAAGUGUGGACCCAAUCGACAGUGUCCACUAGGUCAAUUAUGUGAACGUGGUGCUUGCAUCGCAGGCUGCAAAUCGAACAAUGACUGCGCCGCUGAUCAGAGCUGCCUGCAAGGCAAGUGUGCUGAUCCCUGCUCUGACGAAAAAUCGUGCGGACGCAAUGCUCUCUGCACAGUGUCAGAUCAUCGUAUGCUGUGCUAUUGCCCCGACGGCUACGAGGGUGAGCCAAGCAAGGAAUGUGUGCAAUUUGAAUGCCGCCAAGAUGCGGACUGCGAGUCCAACAAACGGUGCGAUGCUGGUAAGUGUCGCAAUCCAUGCCUUGAAUUCGGUGCCUGUGGCACCAAUGCGCAGUGCCGCGUUGUAAAUCGCAAGGCACAAUGCUCAUGUCCGCCAGACUUCUUCGGAAAUCCAGUUACGGAGUGCCAUCCCCUGAAUGGAGGCUGUGCCACAAAUCCCUGCGGCGUGAACUCCAAAUGCAUUGAAUUACCAGGUGGCUAUGAAUGUGCCUGUAUGGACGGCUGCAUGGGUGAUGCCCAUAAGGGCUGCGUAUGUGGUGGACAGCAAGUGAACGCAUGUCAUGAACAGCCUUGUGGCUUGAAGGCAGCCUGCCGAGUAUUAGAAAACAACGAAGCACAAUGCUACUGUCCCGAAGACUUCCCCAAUGGUGAUGCCUAUGUUGAAUGUUAUUUGACUCCACCGCAAGAGGACUGUCGGGCUUAUGGCUGUGAAUCGGGCAAUUGCGUGCGUCAAGGCUAUGAAUAUGUUUGUCAACAGGACACCGAACAAUGCUACUCAGAUACGGAUUGUCCCAGUGAAAAAUCAUGCCUUCAAGGACACUGCAGCGAUCCUUGCACAAUGCGUGGCGCGUGCGGCGUUAAUGCACUGUGCAAAACUGUGCUGCAUCGGCCGCGUUGCUCCUGCCCUAGCUGUCACAUUGGCCGACCAGAAGUUGAAUGCAAGCCGGAUCCAAAAUGCAUUCCAGAAGAUAGUGAUGCCAAAACAAAUCAACAAAUAACAUGCUCUAGUGAUGUCGAAUGCCCAGAGACAUUGCAGUGUGGCCAAUAUGGCCAAUGCACAGACCCAUGCAACAAUCCCUUGUUUAUUUGUGAGAGUAACAAGAAAUGUGAGACAAGACGCCAUCAGCCAGUUUGCAUUUGCAAAUCUGGUUUUAUUGUUAAUGAAUACGGCGAGCUGACCUGUGCGCCAGAUAAACGUGAAUGCUAUAGGGAUGACGACUGUGCCUCGAACAUGGCCUGCACGGAUGGCAAAUGCCGUAACCCGUGCAUAGUGCCUUUAGGACGGGCACCAAUUUGUGCCGAAAACAAAUCGUGCGAGGUUCAAGAUCAUAAGCCUGUCUGUAUAUGUAUGCGCGACUGUCAGCCUUCAAUUUCAAUAUGUUUGCGUGAUGCCGGUUGUCCAGCUGGGCUAGCAUGCCGCAAUUACCAAUGUGUUGAUCCGUGCAAGUUUGCUACAUGUGCAGCCAACUCGCCAUGCAUUGUAGAGGAUCACAAGCCGAUAUGUAAAUUCUGCCCACCUGGAUUUAUAGCCGAUGCCAAAUAUGGAUGUCAAAAAGAAAUCGGUUGCACAUCUAGCGAUGAAUGCCCCACCCAACAGGCAUGUGUAAAUGCACUCUGUGUGGAUCCUUGCUCGUAUGAGAAUCCCUGUGGUCGAAGCGAAGAUUGUCGAGUCAUUGAACAUCAGCCUGUUUGUUCUAAAGCAACUGGUCGUACGCCUGGCUGCGAACACUGUCCUCCUGGUGCCAAUUGUGAUCCCACAACUGGCGCUUGUAUUAAAGCUAAUGUAACAAUAACAACUAGCACUACCAACAAAACCACAAAGAAACCAACGUCAACAUCAACAAUAUUCAAUGCAAAAACCACAGCUAACCCAAACAUUGGCCCCAAAACGACGCCCAGCAGCGAUGCGACUACUCACACUACCACCAAUCUUAGCAAUGAAACGAGCACAAUCAUUACCACUACUAACAAAACUACUGCUGGUCCAAUAACAUCGCACAUCACAACAAUUAGAACAAAUACAGAGAGUACGACAGCAAAAUCAGGUCACACGAAAGGCUAUCGCGAUGGUGAAAAUAAUAUUACCGAUACACCCACACCUAGACCAGCAACAACGGCUACUACAACAGCUAGAACUACAUUACGUGGUGAAGAUAAUAUGGGCAGUAGUGAUAGGCGUACAACAACGCCAAAAAUGAAGACGACACGUCUCGAUACAUCAAAUGAAAUACCAGAAACUACAACAUUAACAAGCAAAUCUGCACUACCCACUGAGAUGCCAGCAGUAGCGGGCACAACUAUGGACAUUUUUGAAAUACCUAUCACAACCCCUGCCCCAGUGGAGAGCACUACAGAUAUCAAAAUAAUUAACCAAUGUACAGUAGAUACUAACUGUGCUUCUAACGAGCACUGUAAACUGGGGAGUUGCCAGAAAAAAGAACCAUCCGGCACACCGAAAACCCCAGAACCUUGCCAAUCCAACAACGAUUGUAUUGAAAGCGAGGCCUGUUAUAUGGGCUUGUGUCAUGAUCCUUGUGAGUUUGCAAAAAUCUGUGCAGCAAGCGCAAAAUGUACGGCUAAAGGUCACCGGCCGAUUUGCACUUGCCCUGAGGGCCAUGAGGGCAAUCCAAUGAUCAAAUGUGCCCCAACAUUGAGUUCAAUGGAAUGCACAGAAAACUCUGACUGCGGAAUUACUGAGGCCUGUGUUAAUCAACGUUGUCAACACCCAUGCGAUGUUCACGACCCAUGUGCCAAAAAUGCGGUUUGUAUCAACACCAAUCAUGCAGCUGAUUGCAGCUGCAUGGAUGGAUAUGAAGGCAAUGGUCUUGUUGGCUGCCAACCAGCACGCACCCAAGUCUGCCAAUACAACGAAGACUGCCCACCAAAUAAGCUUUGUGAUCGCCUCAAUCGUCGCUGCAUCAAUCCAUGUCAGGAGGAUUCAUGUGGCGAAAAUGCAGAAUGUAUUGCCAUUAAUCAUGGUGUCGAUUGUCGCUGUUUGCCUGGACAUUUUGGUAAUGCUUAUGUGCAAUGCCAGCAGCUACAAGGAUGCCGCGCUGACUCGGAAUGUGAUGCCAGCCAGGCCUGCAUAAAUGAAAAAUGUGCAUCACCCUGUCAGUGUGGUGCUUUUGCGCUAUGCGAUGUCAUUAAUCAUCGUGCCGUGUGCAAAUGUCCUCCUGGUUACAAUGGCAACCCCAAAUUAGCUUGCAGUCCACCACAAAAUCCUUGCGAGCCAAACCCAUGUGGCCUCAAUGCACUAUGCGAACUAGACAACGGCAAUCCAAUUUGCUACUGUCCAAAAGGUCUUACCGGAAAUCCAUUCAAAAACUGCAUUCCUGAGGGCGAUGAGUGCACACCAAAUCCAUGUGGUCCCAAUUCUGGAUGUCGUCGAGUUGGUGGUGCACCAGUGUGCUUCUGUCUACCCGAGUAUGAGGGUCAACCACCACUUAUUGCUUGUGAGCUGCCCUCAAACCCAUGCGAGCCUUCACCAUGUGGCCCUAACACCCAAUGUUCAGUACUUAAGAAUGGUUUCUCAAAGUGUACAUGUCUGCCUGGCUAUGUCGAGAGUCCAAAUACGAUACGCGGAUGUGUUGAGCCCAUUAAUCCUUGCGAUCCAAAUCCUUGUGGAACUGGCGCUAUUUGUGACUCUUCACGUCAACCUGUUUGCUAUUGUCCAGACAAUAAGAUCGGAAACCCCUUCAGAUUAUGCGAAAAGCCGGCCGUUUCGAUUGAGCUCUGUCAGCCAGGUCCAUGCGGACGCAACGCCGACUGCUAUGUUACUGGAAAUCGUGAAGAGUGCUACUGUCGCUCCGGGUAUGUUGGUGACCCUUAUCAAAGCUGCCGCGAGCCAAGUCGCACAGUGUGUGAUCCUAACCCAUGCGGUCCAAAUGCAAAAUGCGUGGUUACUGGCGAUGGUCAAAAUGCAUGCAUAUGUCCAGAUGGAUUAUCCGGCGACCCCACAUCACUCAUUGGCUGCCACGGUUACGAAUGUCAAGUGGACUCUGAUUGCCCGAGCAGCAAAGCCUGUAUGGGUUUUCAUUGUUACGACCCUUGUCCGGGAGCUUGCGGUCAAGGUGCCAAUUGCCGUGUAGAAGAGCACCACCCAGUAUGCUCCUGUAAUUCUGGUUUGACUGGCAAUCCGGGCGUACGCUGCUAUGCCCUCGAUAGACCUAAGUCUAAUGCAUGCGUUCCUAGCCCUUGUGGCAGGAACAGCGAAUGCAAGCUACUAAAUAAUCGGGCUGUAUGUUCCUGCUUACCAGGCUACUUGGGCGAUCCACAGUCUGGUUGCAAUCCAGAAUGUGAUAUUAACUCGGAUUGCGGAGAGGCUUUGUCCUGCAUUAAUCAUAAGUGUGUGGACCCCUGUGCUGGAACCAUCUGUGGCAUUAAUGCCAUAUGCAACGUACGUCAGCAUACCCCAAUCUGUCACUGCUUGGAUGGUUUUACUGGUGAUGCCUUCCUGCAAUGUGUGCCCAUUGGGAUAUUAAAAAAUAUAACGCGUGAUCCUUGCGCUCCAUCACCUUGUGGUCCACAAGAUGUGUGCUCAGUCUAUGGUGAUGGCGUUGCUCUGUGCGAUCCUUGCUUUGGUGCGGAUGCUCAACAAAAUCCUCGUUGCCGACCUGAGUGCCUCACAAACUCUGAUUGUCCGUUUGACCGUGCUUGUUUGAGCCAACGUUGCUUAGAUCCUUGCCCAGGGUCAUGUGGUCGAAAUGCGAUUUGUAAUACCUAUGAGCACAAUCCGAUAUGUGCUUGUCCAACAGGCCUCUAUGGAAAUCCCUAUGACCAAUGCUCACCCCCAUCCCCUAUUGUGCCAACUCCUUCGCCAAGCUGUGCCAAAUUGCAAUGUGGACCCAAUGCUGACUGUAAACGUCUUAGUGGCGGAUUAGCUUGCGUUUGCCGUAAAGGUUACUUUGGAGAUCCUCAACUGGGUUGUCGACCCGAAUGCGUACUAAACAGUGAUUGUCCGGCUGAUAAAUCUUGCGUAAACUCAAAAUGUACGGAUGUCUGCAUUGGCGUGUGUGGAAUUAAUGCUAUUUGUCGUGCCGUCAAUCAUGCACCAGUUUGUGUGUGCGCCGAGGGAUUCAGCGGAGACGCAUUCCUUUCAUGCAGUCCUUAUUACUUGCCCCCAUCUGUAACACCCACAGAGCGUCCACGAAACCCAUGUGAACCAUCGCCUUGCGGUCCGAACUCACGCUGCCUCGCAUCUGCCAAUGGGUACGCUGCAUGCUCAUGUUUGCCUAAUUUCAAGGGUGCCCCACCAGUCUGCCAGCCAGAGUGCAUUGUAAGCUCUGAAUGUCCAUUGAAUCAAGCUUGUCUAAAUCAACGCUGUGCAAAUCCUUGCCCUGGAACAUGUGGUGUGGGAGCACGUUGUGAGGUCCUCAAUCAUAAUCCGAUAUGCUCUUGCGAUCAAAACUUCGAAGGCGAUCCGUUUGUUUCAUGUUCUCGCAUACCAGAAAAACCAGAGGGAAAAACACCAGAGAAUCCUUGUGUGCCAUCGCCUUGUGGACCUAACUCUAUAUGCCAAAUCAAACAGAAUCGCCCAGUAUGCUCUUGUGUAGCUAACUAUAUCGGCAGCCCACCAUACUGUCGACCAGAGUGUACACUAAGCAGCGAAUGUCCUGCCGAUAAGGCGUGCAUUCAAGAGAAAUGUCAAAAUCCAUGCUCCAACACAUGCGGACACAAUGCUCGCUGCACAGUUGUGGCUCACUCGGCACAUUGCAGCUGUGACCAAGGAUAUGAAGGAGAUGCAUUUGUUGGUUGCUCCAAAGUAAUUGAAGAAAAACCACAAGAUCAUAUAAGUCCCUGCUACCCGAAUCCUUGCGCCGAAAACGCCGUGUGUACUCCACACAAUGGCGCUGCACGCUGCAGUUGCAUUGAACCCUAUUUUGGCGACCCAUACAGUACUGGCUGCAGACCAGAGUGCAUUUACAACUCAGAAUGUCCUUCGCCACUUGCGUGCAUUAAGCAACACUGCCGAAAUCCUUGCAUAGGUGCCUGUGGUGCCAAUGCUGAGUGCGCAGUCGUCAAUCAUUUACCGACAUGCAGCUGUGAACGUGGUUUUGAAGGUGAUCCAUUUAUCGGCUGCAAGCGUACACCAAUUGGUCCAGUUAGUGUAUGUGAACCUAAUCCGUGCGGCCCAAACAGUAUAUGCCGCACUGUGGAAGGACAUCCUACAUGUAGCUGCCAAGUUGGCUAUUUUGGCGCGCCACCAACAUGCAGACCCGAAUGUGUAGUUAGCUCUGAGUGCAGUCAAGACUUGGCGUGUAUUCAUCAAAAGUGCGCUGAUCCUUGCAGCGGAACUUGUGGGUUUAAUGCCAAGUGUCAAGUACUUAAUCACAAUCCAAUCUGUUCAUGUCCGAAAGACUUCAUAGGCGAUCCAUUUGAGCAAUGUGUACCAAAACCUCCAGAACCAGAGCGCAAGGUGAAUCCUUGUAUACCAAGCCCUUGUGGGCCUAAUGCCCAGUGCCGUGAUAUCAAUAACCGUGCUGAGUGCUCUUGCGUAGCUGGAAUGUUCGGUGCACCUCCUAAUUGCCGACCUGAGUGUGCCAUUAACCAGGAUUGCCCGUCGAAUCGCGCUUGCAUACGGCAGCGCUGCGAAGAUCCUUGUAUCGGAACUUGUGGUUUCAAUGCUCUGUGUACAACACAGCAUCAUCAACCAAAGUGCAGUUGUCUUGAAGGUUAUGAAGGCGAUCCAUACACUGGAUGCAGUAUGCAUCAAAUCGUGGUGCCCGACAUUCCGAAUGACCCAUGCAAUCCAUCGCCAUGUGGUGCGAAUGCCAUUUGUCGCGUACGUAACGGUGCUGGUUCAUGCAGCUGCAUUCAAAACUAUUUUGGUGAUCCCUACAUCAAUUGUCGCCCUGAAUGUUUACAAAAUAGCGACUGUCCUACCAACAAGGCUUGCAUAAAUAUGAAAUGCCGAGAUCCAUGUCCCAACGCCUGUGGUUUUGAUGCUAUUUGCCAUGUAGCACAUCACCAACCUGUAUGCAGAUGUGAAUCUGGGUUUAGCGGAAAUCCACUGCGCGCUUGUAUUAAAAUUCCAUCAAAUAUGUACCUACCAUUACCCAAGGACCCAUGUAGACCUUCGCCAUGUGGCCUCUUUAGCAGUUGUCAUAAUGUGGAUAAUCGGGCGGUGUGCGCCUGUUUACCUAAUUACUUAGGAAGUCCUCCCAACUGUAAGCCUGAGUGUGUUACAAGUGCGGAAUGUCCUUCGGAUAAGACUUGUAUCAAUCAACGCUGCCAAGAUCCAUGCCCAGGAACUUGCGGCUACAACGCGCUUUGUCGAGUGACAAACCAUUCCCCAAUCUGUAGUUGCUUCGAGGGCUACACUGGCGAUCCUUUCCACCAAUGUGUACUAAAAAGAAAACCAACGCCAAUAGAACCUAUAGCACCAUACAACCCCUGUGUACCUACACCUUGCGGUCCAAACUCACAAUGUCGUAUUACAAGCAAUGGAGCUGUUUGCUCCUGUAUAGCUAAUUACAUAGGACGUCCGCCUGCAUGCCGACCGGAGUGCACUAUUAACUCAGAGUGUGCCUCCAAUAUGGCCUGUAUGAAUGCACGCUGCGCAGAUCCCUGCGCCGGUUCUUGUGGCAACAAUGCACUUUGCCAUGUCAGCUCUCAUACACCAAUGUGCCUUUGUGAAGCUGGUUUCACAGGCGAUCCGUUCACCGGCUGCUAUCAGAUCAUUGAAACUCCAAUUGAGAAAGUUCAGCCGUGCCGACCAAGUCCUUGUGGCUUAAAUUCAAUAUGCGAGGAACGCAAUCUCGCGGCAGCCUGCAAAUGCAUACCCGAAUACUUCGGUGAUCCAUAUAUUGAAUGUCGUCCCGAGUGUGUAAUCAAUUCCGAUUGUCCCAAGUCUCAUGCUUGCAUCAAUCAAAAAUGUAUUGACCCGUGCCCUGGUAUGUGCGGGCAUAACGCUGAAUGCGGCGUCAUCAACCAUGCGCCCAACUGUGAGUGUCUCCCGGGCUAUACCGGAAGUCCAAUUGUCGGCUGUCACCUGAUCCCCGAAGCCCCGAUCUAUCCUGAUCCCAUAGAGCCUGAAAACCCAUGUCAACACUCUCCCUGCGGCCUCUACAGCAACUGUCGUCCGAUCAACGGUCACGCGGUAUGCACCUGCUUAGCCAACUAUAUUGGUGCACCACCCAAUUGUCGACCCGAAUGUAUGACCAGCUCAGAAUGUGCUCAGGAUAAGUCAUGUAUCAACGAACGCUGUAAAGACCCCUGUCCAGGUACUUGCGGCAACAACGCACUCUGCCGUGUUCUCAACCACAAUCCAAUUUGCUCAUGCAGCCCUGGUUAUAGUGGUGAUCCAUUCGUUCGAUGCAUCCAAGAAGAGAAACGCCCCAUCAUACAAGAGUCGACUCAACCAUGUGUGCCUUCACCGUGUGGACCCAAUUCACAAUGUCGCGUUUCAUCGACUAAUGAACAAGCCGUUUGCUCAUGUUUGCAACAUUAUGUUGGUAGACCUCCAAAUUGUCGUCCUGAGUGCACAUCAAACUCAGAGUGUCUUGGCAAUUUGGCCUGUAUUAAUCUACGUUGUCAGGAUCCAUGUGUGGGAACCUGCGGCUUGCAGGCCACAUGCCUUGUAAAUAAUCAUAGACCUAUUUGCCGUUGCUUGGAUGGUUAUGCGGGUGAUCCUUUCUCAGGGUGUAGUCCACAAAUAAUCGUACCGCCAGAAGUCGCUGAACCAUGUAAUCCAAGUCCAUGCGGUGCCAAUGCAGUGUGCAAAGAACGUAAUGGAGUUGGCUCCUGCACUUGCCUUCCCGAAUACAAUGGUGAUCCUUACACUGAAUGCCGCCCAGAGUGCGUACUCAACACAGACUGCUCCAAGAACCGAGCAUGCUUAAACAACAAAUGCCGUGAUCCCUGUCCGGGCGUUUGUGGUAUUGCAGCCGAGUGUCAUGUGAUUAAUCAUGCUCCAAGUUGCAGUUGUCCAUCUGGGUUUACAGGAAACCCAUCACAAUACUGCCGCGAAAUACCAAAAUCGCUAGCACCAUUGCAACCUUGCCGUCCUUCACCGUGUGGCCCUUACAGCCAGUGCCGUGAAGUAAACGGACAUGCAGUCUGCUCAUGCAUUAGCAAUUACAUUGGAGCUCCUCCCUCUUGUCGACCAGAAUGCUCGAUUAGCUCCGAGUGCCCGCAAAAUAGGGCCUGUGUUAACUUACGCUGUAUAGAUCCAUGCCCUGGUACAUGCGGUAACGAAGCUGUAUGUAAGGUGACCAAUCACAAUCCGAUAUGUUCCUGUCCAGUUGGCUAUAGUGGUGACCCAUUUGUUCGCUGCGCACCAUGGGUCGAAGAACUAGAACGUCCAAAGGCCAAUGAGAAUCCGUGUGUGCCUAGUCCAUGUGGACCUAAUUCACAGUGCCGUGUCGUCGGUGAAACGCCUGUUUGCUCUUGUGCACCCAAUUAUAUUGGACGUGCUCCGAACUGUCGACCCGAAUGCACCUUAAACUCGGAGUGUCCAGCAAAUAUGGCGUGCAAUAAUGAACGGUGCAAGGAUCCUUGCCCGGGCUCUUGCGGUUUCAAUGCGCAGUGUAAUGUGGUCAAUCACAGCCCUGUUUGCACAUGUGUAUCAGGGUAUACUGGCGAUCCAUUUGCUGGUUGUAACCCACAAACUGUACCCAUUCCUGACGAACGACUGACUCCUUGCAUACCCUCUCCCUGUGGCCCCAACGCUGAGUGUAGAGAGCGCAAUGGCGCCGGUUCUUGUACCUGUCUACCAGAAUACUACGGAGAUGCGUACAGUGGCUGUCGGCCAGAAUGCGUGGCAAACAGUGAUUGCCCGCGUGACAAAUCCUGCGUUAAUCAAAAAUGUACGGACCCUUGUCCAGGUGUUUGUGGUCUGAACGCAGAGUGCCACGUUGUCAAUCAUCUGCCUGUUUGCCAAUGUCUGACCGGCUACACUGGCAACCCGUCGAGUGCAUGCCGUGAGAUCCCAGAGCUGCCUUUACCACCUGCGUUCGACGUCAAUCCAUGUGUACCAUCCCCCUGCGGCCCAUAUAGCCAGUGUCGUGAGAUCAACAAUCAUGCAGUGUGUUCGUGUCAAGCUGGUUUCAUUGGCUCUGCACCCAAUUGCCGUCCAGAGUGCAUUGUCAGUUCGGACUGCGCACAAGAUUUAAACUGUCAGAAUCAAAAAUGCGUUGAUCCUUGUCCGGGUACAUGUGGCAUCGAAGCCCGUUGCCAAGUUACAAACCACAAUCCUGCAUGUUCUUGUGCACCAGGCUUUACCGGAGAUCCCUUCAAUCGAUGCACAAAAAUUAAACUGGAGCCAAUACCUCCACAAAAAAGUGGUAACCCGUGUAUACCCUCACCGUGUGGACCCAAUUCUAAAUGUAUUGAUGUUCGCGGUUCACCUGCAUGUUCCUGUCUACCUAACUAUCUCGGCCGGCCACCCAACUGCCGUCCCGAGUGCUUGAGUAGUCCUGACUGUCCAGCAAAUUUGGCAUGUGUCAAUCAGAAAUGCGCUAAUCCAUGUAUCGGAGCGUGCGGCAUACACUCCCUGUGUACAGUCAUUAAGCACAAUCCUACAUGUCAAUGCGAUCCUGGUUACACCGGAGAUCCCUUCUCCGGCUGUACCAUUGUACAGCAAAUCCAACCUACAGAAGAACCACGCAAUCCUUGCAAUCCCAGCCCGUGUGGCGCCAAUGCAGUUUGUCGUGAACGCAACGGUGCAGGCUCGUGCGCUUGCCUCCCCGAAUACUUUGGUGACCCUUACAGCGGUUGUCGACCUGAAUGCGUGCAAAAUGCUGACUGCGAUCGCUCUCGUGCUUGCAUCAAUAACAAAUGUCAGGAUCCUUGCCCAGGCGCUUGCGGUAUCAACGCUGAGUGUCGCGUGCUUAACCAUGCACCAAAUUGCAUGUGCUUUGAUGGUUAUACAGGUGAUCCACAUUCAACUUGCGCCGUUAUUGAAGUGGCGACGCGCCGUCCAGAAAACCCAUGUCAACCUUCGCCAUGUGGACCAUACAGCGAGUGCCGUAAUUCUAAUAGCCAUGCGGUUUGCAGUUGCAUCGAAGGUUACAUUGGUGCACCGCCAUCUUGCAAACCAGAAUGCGUCGUCAGUUCGGAAUGUGCCCAGAAUCGUGCCUGCAUCAAUCAGAAAUGCGCUGAUCCAUGUCGCGGUGCCUGCGGAAAUAAUGCCAAAUGUCAAGUGGUCAACCAUAAUCCAAUAUGCACAUGUAUUCCGGGACUAACAGGCGAUCCCAUUUCUGGUUGCGUCCAGGAUCUUGGUAAGAGUACAGAGAACCCGUGCGUUCCAUCACCUUGCGGACCUAACUCCAUAUGCCGCGAGAUAGGCGAACAAGCUGCCUGCUCAUGUCAAGCUAACUUCAUUGGACGUCCACCGAAUUGCCGACCUGAGUGUACAAAUAGCGAUGAGUGCCAAAACCAUUUGUCAUGUCAAAACGAACGAUGUAUUGAUCCUUGUCCAGGAUCUUGUGGGAGCAAUGCUCUCUGUCAGGUGGUCCAGCACAAUGCUGUAUGCUCGUGUGCUGACGGCUAUGAAGGUGAUCCGCUAUUUGGCUGCCAGCUUUUACAACCUGUGCUUCCUACGCAGCCGCCUGAGUCACCAUGUGAGCCAUCCCCCUGUGGACCUCAUGCCGAAUGCCGUGAACGAAACGGAGCAGGCGCAUGCUACUGCCAUGAUGGAUUUGAGGGUAAUGCCUAUGAUACAGAACGUGGCUGCCGGCGCGAGUGCGAACUUAAUGAUGACUGCUCCACGGCGCUAGCAUGCGUAAGAUUUAAGUGCAUUGACCCAUGUGCCAAUAUGUGUGGCGAAUAUGCUACCUGCGAGGUGGAGAACCAUGUCCCGACUUGCAAUUGUCCAGCUGGUUAUAGCGGCGAUCCCUUCUUCAGCUGUAGACCCAUACCAGUGACGCCGCCACCAAUUUUGAAUCCCUGUUCGCCAUCGCCUUGUGGUCCCAACAGCAAUUGCCGAAACAUCAAUAACCAGGCGGUUUGCUCUUGCCAAUCUGGAUUUGUUAACCAGCCACCCAACUGUCGACCCGAAUGCGUUGUUAGUGCAGAAUGCGUACAAGACCGCGCUUGCGUUAACAACAAGUGCGUCGAUCCGUGCCAGCAUACUUGCGGCAUACGCGCCAUUUGCACCACUAAAAACCACAGUCCCAUCUGCACAUGUCCUCGUGGCAUGACGGGUGAUCCAUUUGUGCAUUGCACUACAAUACCUAUAACGCAAGAUACAACAACACCAGAACCACCAGCGCCAUCGUGUGUGCCUUCACCAUGCGGCCCCAAUUCCAAAUGCCAAAUUGUAGGCGGAAGUCCGGCCUGUUCUUGCCUGCCAGAUUUUAUCGGCGCACCUCCACGUUGCCGUCCAGAAUGUGUGCUCAACUCAGAAUGCGGACCCACAGAGGCGUGCAUCAAUCAGAAAUGUCGUGAUCCAUGUCCCGGUUCUUGCGGUUUUGAAGCCAAAUGUCACGUUCUGAACCACUUGCCUAUUUGCAACUGCAUUGACGGUUACACUGGUGAUCCAUUUAUACGAUGCAGCAAGCUUCCAGAGACAAAGGUUAUACCACGACCCAAUGAUCCCUGUGAUCCAAAUCCAUGUGGUUCGAAUGCCGACUGCGUCAACGGUGAAUGCCGCUGUCAAAACAGUUACCACGGAAAUCCUUAUGAAGGUUGCCGACCUGAGUGCACGCUAUCAGCCGACUGUCCACGUGACAAGUCUUGCAUGCGCAACAAAUGUAUGGAUCCAUGCCCAGGCACUUGUGGCAACAACGCUGUUUGCGAAGUCAUGAACCACAUUCCUGUUUGCUCGUGUUUACAAGGCUACGAGGGAGAUCCGUUCACCAAUUGUCGUGUAAAGGCCAUAGAACCCAUUCCUGAAGUCAGAGCUUGUUCACCUUCACCAUGUGGUGCGAAUAGCCAGUGCCGCGACAUCAAUGGACAUGCUGUUUGUUCCUGUCUUGAAGGAUUUAUUGGUGCCCCACCACAAUGCCGACCAGAAUGCGUAGUAUCUAGUGAGUGUUCAGCUUUACAUGCUUGCGUCAACAAGAAAUGUGUUGAUCCUUGCGCCGGCGCCUGCGGCAUCGAGGCACGCUGUGAAGUCAUCAACCAUAGUCCCAUUUGUGGAUGUCCACCAGGAAAAACAGGAGAUCCAUUUAAGGGUUGUACCGAUAUACCACAGCAGCCAGAAGAGAAGAGCCCAAGACCACCAGAGGACCUCUGUGUACCAUCGCCUUGUGGGCCCAAUUCGAUUUGUAAAAUUGAUCGUGGAGGACCGGUUUGUCAAUGUCAGCCAGAGUUCUUUGGUUCACCGCCAAAUUGCCGUCCCGAGUGCAUAAUAAAUCCCGAUUGCCCGUCAACGCAGGCUUGUAUCAACAACAAAUGCCGCGAUCCCUGCCCAGGAUCAUGUGGCACGAACGCAGAGUGCCGAGUUAUCGGUCAUUCUGUAUCCUGUUCAUGUCCAGCAGGUUACGCUGGCAAUGCUUUUGUACAUUGUUUGCCGCAACAGGUUGAACCCAUCAAACCUUGCCAACCAUCGCCAUGUGGAUCCAACGCCGAAUGCGUUGAGCGCAAUGGCGCCGCAUCCUGUAAAUGUAUUGAUGAAUACCAAGGAAAUCCCUAUGAAGGCUGUCGACCAGAAUGUGUGCUUAGUUCAGACUGUCCCACGGACAAGGCAUGCAUCCGCAAUAAAUGCCAAGAUCCUUGCCCUGGCAUAUGCGGCUCUAACGCCCAAUGCUAUGCUGUAAAUCAUGUGCCUAACUGUGUUUGCAUUGAUGGAUAUACAGGUGAUCCGUUUGCAAGCUGCCGUCGUGUUGAACCUACAACUCCACCACCUGUUGGCGAUCCUUGUAGCCCGUCACCAUGCGGUCCCAACAGCAAAUGUCGCACCGCUAAUGGAUUGGCCGUAUGCUCCUGUCUGGAUAACUUUACAGGAUCUCCGCCCAACUGUAAGCCGGAGUGCACCGUGAACGCUGAAUGUCCCCAAAACAAGGCUUGCCACAAAUUCCGAUGCGCCAAUCCAUGCUCCGGUACAUGUGGCGUUAGCGCCAAGUGCGAGGUGAUCAACCACAAUCCUAUUUGCAGUUGCCCUCUUGACAUGACCGGUGAUCCAUUUACACGUUGUUUUGCCGCACCUGAAGUACCUGCGCCUAAGGACACAUUGGAGAAGAGAAAUCCAUGUCAACCAUCACCCUGCGGUCUUUAUUCUGAAUGCCGUGUUCGCGGUGAUUUGGCAUCAUGCUCAUGCCUGCCAAACUAUAUUGGAGCGCCGCCCAACUGUCGACCAGAGUGUAUUGUUAAUACAGACUGUUCUCCAGAUCGUGCAUGUAUCGCUGAAAAGUGCCGCGAUCCUUGUGAUGGUUCUUGUGGAAUUAAUACUGAAUGUCGCACCCAGAACCACUUGGCCAUCUGUAUCUGCCGCACCGGCUUCACGGGUGAUCCAUUUAUACAAUGCGUAGAGGUCAUUGAAAGAACUACCCCUCCUCCGCCAGUAUCACAAGACCCCUGUGACUUGCAGCCAUGUGGGGCCAAUGCCGAGUGUCGCAAUGGAAUUUGCACUUGCUUACUAGACUAUCAAGGAGACCCGUACACCGGCUGCCGCCCAGAAUGCACUUUAAGCACAGACUGCGCUUCAAAUAAGGCAUGUCUAAACAAAAAAUGUGUCGAUCCCUGUCCUGGCACUUGUGGCCAAAAUACCGAAUGUGAUGUUUCCAACCACAUACCAAUUUGCAGCUGUUUAAAGGGCUAUACAGGUGAUCCAUUCAUUCACUGUCGCCAGGAGACUCCAGUUGCUAAGGAUCCAUGCCAACCAAAUCCAUGUGGUCCAAAUAGCUUGUGCCACGUCUCUGCGCAAGGUGCAGUUUGCGCUUGUCAGCCCGGCAUGUUGGGCUCACCACCCGCUUGCAAACCCGAGUGCAUUGUAAGCUCAGAAUGCUCUCUGCAAACAGCUUGUAUUCAGAAAAAGUGCACUGAUCCAUGCCCCGGUGCAUGUGGCCAAUUCGCGCGCUGCCAAGUUAUCAAUCACAAUCCAUCAUGCUCAUGUAACACGGGCUACACUGGCGAUCCAUUUACACGUUGUUAUCAGGAGGAACGCCAACCUCCACCCGAGGCAAGGGGUAAUCCAUGCUCGCCUUCGCCUUGCGGACCUAAUUCGGAAUGCAAAGAGAUCAACGGAAAUCCAGCUUGUUCAUGUACUGUCAACUUUAUUGGAACGCCACCAAACUGCCGUCCGGAGUGCACUAUCAACCCGGAAUGUACACCAACGAAGGCGUGCAUCCGACAAAAAUGCGCAGAUCCAUGCAUUGGUGCUUGCGGCUUUAAUGCACUCUGUACUGUGGCAAAUCAUCAACCAAUUUGUACAUGUAAUGUUGGAUACACUGGAGAUCCUUUCAUCGGUUGUCAACAAGAACAAGAACGCAUAAUAAAUGAGCAAAUUACACCUUGCGAACCGAACCCUUGCGGCUCGAAUGCCAUAUGUCGUGAACGCGAUGGUAUUGGCUCCUGUCAAUGCUUGCCCGAUUACUUUGGAGAUCCGUACCAAUCCUGUCGACCAGAAUGCGUUCAAAACUCCGAGUGCCCAUCAAACAAAGCCUGCCAGCAACAAAAAUGUCGCGAUCCCUGUCCCGGUUCUUGCGGUACGAAUGCCGAUUGCAGCGUAACGAAUCAUUUGCCUACUUGCACAUGCCGUACUGGUUACAUAGGGGAUCCUUACAAUUAUUGCCAUGUAAAACCAACGCAACCUAUACGUUUAGUGGAAGAAACACAGCCCUGCCGCCCAUCACCAUGUGGUCCAAAUUCCCAGUGCCGCGAACUAAAUGGUCAAGCUGUUUGUUCUUGCCUUGAAAUGUAUAUCGGUUUGCCCCCUAAUUGUAGACCUGAGUGCGUACUAAGCACUGAGUGUCCCAUAGAUAAGGCUUGCAUUGGUCAGCGUUGUCAAGAUCCAUGUUCUGGUACAUGUGGAAUCAAUGCCGACUGCCGCGUACUUAAUCAUAGCCCAGUAUGUCAGUGUCGUCGAGGUUUUACAGGUGAUGCAUUCACGCGUUGCUACAUUCUUCCACCACCAACAUCAGCAAUUGAACGCAUUGAGCGUGAUCCUUGCUUGCCAACGCCCUGCGGUCUCAACAGUCAAUGUCGUAAUAUACAAGGUGUGCCAUCUUGCUCCUGUCUGCCGGAAUAUGUGGGUACACCGCCUAACUGUCGUCCAGAGUGCACCAUUAGUUCUGAGUGUCCCUCGAAUAUGGCCUGUAUACGCGAAAAAUGCAUCGAUCCAUGUCCUGGAUCCUGCGGCUAUGCUGCUGAGUGCAAUGUUGUCAAUCAUACGCCGAUAUGUAUCUGUGCGAUGGGCUUUACGGGUGAUCCCUUUACUAGUUGUCACUUGGCCCCAUCUGACCCAAUAACUGAAUAUGUAGAUCCCUGUAAUCCUUCACCAUGUGGCCCAAAUGCCCAGUGCAACAACGGUAUAUGUACUUGUCUCAGUGAGUUCCAUGGUGAUCCUUAUGCCGGGUGUAGGCCAGAAUGCGUCUUAAACUCAGACUGUUCUCGCGAUAAGGCCUGUAUGCGUAGCAAAUGUGUUAACCCCUGCCCGGGAACCUGUGGCGAAAAUGCAAUCUGCGAUGUCAUCAAUCACAUACCAAUGUGCAGAUGCCCGGAUGGCACAGUUGGAAGCGCAUUUAUACGAUGCACACCGAUACAAAUUGCUAAUACCAGCCCAUGCCAACCUUCACCCUGCGGCCCGAACUCACAGUGCCGUGAAGUUAACCAACAAGCGGCCUGCUCCUGUCUCUCUGGCUAUAUAGGCGCACCGCCUUCUUGCCGACCAGAAUGCACAUCUAGUGCCGAAUGUGCACCUCUGCAGGCUUGUCUCAACCAACGCUGCGGUGAUCCAUGCCCUGGCACUUGCGGAAUAGGUGCCAAUUGCAUCGUAGUCAAUCAUAGUCCGUUCUGCACAUGUCCACCUCGCUUCACCGGAAAUCCAUUUAUACGUUGCCAAUUGCAAAUUGAACCGAUACGUGAUAUCGUGCAAACCGAACCAUGCCAACCAUCCCCUUGUGGACCCUACUCUCAAUGUCGUGCCAUCGGAACAGCACCAGCUUGCUCCUGCCUUCCAGCCUAUUUCGGGCGCCCACCAAAUUGUCGACCUGAAUGUCUUACUAGCUCGGAUUGUAGCAGCCACAUGGCGUGCGAAAAUCAAAAAUGCAUUGAUCCAUGUCCAGGUCGCUGCGGCUCCAAUGCUGAAUGUCGCGUCGUCAGCCAUGCUGUCCAGUGCUUUUGCCAAAAAGGCUUCAUCGGUGAUCCUUUUGUGCAAUGUACGGCGGAGAUCAUACGAGAUAUAGACGUUCGAACACCCUGCAAUCCCAAUCCUUGUGGCUCGAACGCUAUCUGCCGUGAACGAAAUAGUGUAGGUUCAUGUCAGUGUCUGCCCGAAUACUUUGGAAAUCCUUAUGAAGGCUGCCGUCCAGAAUGUGUGCUUGACUCAGACUGCGCUUCGAACAAGGCUUGCCAGCAGCAGAAAUGUCAGGAUCCCUGUCCUGGCACUUGCGGUCAGAACGCUGAGUGCCAAGUGCUUUCUCAUCUACCCACUUGCACAUGCUUCGUAGGCUAUUCAGGGGAUCCAUAUCGUGUUUGCACGCCUACACAAAUUAUGACCGCGAAAUAUAUAAAUCCGUGUGACCCAUCACCCUGUGGACCCAACUCUCAAUGUCGAGUUUCUCAAGAGCAGGCAGUUUGCUCUUGUCUGCCUCAGUUCAGUGGUAUACCACCUGCCUGCCGGCCUGAGUGCACAAUAUCGUCGGAGUGUGCUAACGAUAAAGCAUGUGUGAACCAAAAAUGUAUUAAUCCAUGCACUACUGAAACGUGUGGGAAAAACUCAGAUUGCCGCGUACGUAAUCACAGUCCAAUUUGUAGCUGCAAAAUUGGAUUUACUGGUGAUGCAUUCGUACAAUGCUAUCCAAUACCGCCUCCACCUAUUGAGAUUCAACGGGAAACAGUCGAUCCUUGCAUUCCCACACCCUGUGGGCCAAAUUCCGAAUGUCGCAACAUAAACGGAGUACCUGCUUGCUCUUGUAUUGCAAGCUUUAUAGGUCAGGCGCCUAACUGCCGACCAGAGUGCACCAUCAAUGCGGAAUGUCCCAGUCAAUAUGCCUGUAUAAAUCAAAAAUGCCGUGACCCGUGUGCUGGAGCUUGUGGCUUAAAUGCCGUAUGUAGUGUUAUCAAUCACGCGCCUCUGUGCUCUUGUAUCGAAGGCUACAUUGGAAAUCCAUUCACUAACUGCAACCCUAAGCCACCAGUAACCAAUGCUCCACCGACCAGCUAUGAUCCUUGCCAGAAUUCUCCCUGCGGCUCAAAUGCCCAGUGCCGGAAUGGAGAAUGCACAUGCUUACCAGAUUUUCAAGGCGAUCCAUAUGUUGGCUGCCGACCAGAGUGCGUUCUCAAUACGGAUUGCCCGCGAAAUCGUGCCUGUGUGAGGAACAAGUGCAUAGAUCCCUGCCCAGGAACUUGCGGCAAAAACGCCAUUUGUGAGGUGAACAAUCAUAUUUCCAUCUGCCGUUGUCCAGAUCAUAUGUCUGGCAAUGCCUUCUUUGAGUGUCAUGCGGUGCCGCCAUCCGCGGAUUCGCAGCCUUGCCAACCUACGCCCUGCGGACCAAACAGUCAGUGCCGUGUGGUGCAGGGGACCGCAGUUUGUUCUUGCCUGAGAGACUAUGUGGGCAGUCCUCCACAGUGUCGUCCUGAAUGUACCACCAACUCCGACUGUGCUGCUGAUCAAGCCUGUCAAAAUAUGAAAUGUCGCGAUCCUUGUCCUGGCACAUGUGGUUUCAAUGCCAUUUGUAAAUCGGUCAACCACAAGCCUUUCUGUAGUUGCCCUAUCGGUAUGUCUGGAAAUCCAUUUUUGCACUGCCAGGAGCUGACACCUAUCCGUGAGAUAUCCAAAAAUCCUUGUCAGCCUUCACCCUGUGGACCCAAUGCGGAAUGCCGAGUGACCGGUGACUCACCGUCCUGUUCCUGUUUACCCCAAUAUGUGGGCGCACCACCAAACUGCCGCCCAGAGUGCAUAUCGAACUCAGAGUGUGAUACAAGCCUUGCUUGUAUUGGACAAAAGUGCUCUGAUCCGUGCCCAGGGCUAUGCGGUCUUAAGGCCAAUUGUCGCGUUUUUAGCCAUACAGCUAUGUGCCUGUGCGAAAACGGAUUCACCGGCGAUCCGUUUACUCAGUGUAACCCUAUUAAAGAUACGGCUAUAGAGGUUCUGCAGCCUUGUAAUCCAAGCCCCUGCGGUGCCAAUGCCAAGUGUGAACAGCUAGGUGAUGCUGGGUCUUGUCAGUGUUUACCAGAUUAUUUUGGCAAUCCUUACGAAGGCUGCCGACCAGAAUGUGUGCUGAAUUCAGACUGUGCUUCGAACAAAGCCUGUGAAAACCAAAAGUGUCGCGAUCCUUGCCCAGGAACAUGUGGCCAAAAUGCCGAAUGUCAGGUCAUAAAUCACUUAUCCAACUGUAAUUGUCUUACGGGCUAUACUGGAGAUCCAUAUAAAUAUUGCCGGGUCAUAGAAAACGAGCCGCCCGAGCGUGUAUAUAUAAACCCCUGUGAUCCAUCGCCCUGUGGACCUAACUCACGCUGUCAUGUGGUUAACGAGCAGGCAGUUUGCUCUUGCUUACCAGAAUUUAUUGGUAGCCCACCUGCAUGCCGUCCUGAAUGUACCAGUAGUUCUGAGUGCACGUCUAACAAGGCCUGUAUAAACCAAAAAUGUGUUGACCCAUGUGUCAACAUCUGUGGUAAAAAUGCCGAGUGUCGUGUACGCAACCACAGUCCCAUUUGUACAUGCUCAAUAGGUUUCACGGGUGAUGCAUUUACGCAUUGUUACCGCAUGCCACCUCCACCACCUAUUUCCCCAAUUGAAAAUGAACAUGUGGACCCAUGUCUUCCCUCACCUUGUGGCCCAAACGCGCAGUGUCGCGAAAUACAUGGCACUCCAUCAUGUUCGUGUCUCCCCACAUACUUGGGUACACCACCAACAUGUCGACCUGAAUGCUCCAUCAAUUCGGAAUGCUCCAGUAAACAGGCUUGCAUCAACCAGAAAUGUCGUGACCCUUGCCCCGGAUCUUGUGGUAUUAACGCGCAAUGUUUUGUAAUAAAUCAUACGCCAAUAUGCCAAUGCCAAUUUGGCUAUAUUGGUGAUCCAUUCACCGCAUGCAAUCCCGAGAUACCAAAAAAAACUGAAGUGGAAGUGAUUCCGGAUCCUUGCAAUCCUUCACCCUGUGGCCCUAACGCACUUUGCGACAACGGCCAGUGCUUAUGUAUAGCCGAAUAUCAAGGCGAUCCCUACAUUGGUUGUCGGCCAGAGUGUGUUCUGCAUACUGAAUGCGCUCGGAAUCGCGCCUGUGUUAACAAUAAGUGCAUGAAUCCAUGCACAGGCAUAUGCGCGCCCAACGCUGUUUGCGAAGUUCUUAACCAUAUACCAAAUUGCUACUGUCCUGAGGGUAUGGAAGGCAAUGCAUUCGUGCAGUGCAGUCCAGUGCCACAACUGGACGUAUUGGAUCCGUGCCAACCCUCGCCUUGUGGACCCAACUCUCAAUGCCGUGUCAUCAACAAGCAGGCCGUCUGCUCCUGCAUAACGCCUUUUAUUGGAAGCCCACCAUUUUGUCGCCCAGAGUGCACAUCCAAUUCAGAUUGUCCCCUAAGCUUAGCUUGCCUUAAUCAGAAGUGUAGUGAUCCCUGUCCCGGUGUUUGUGGACGAAACACACGGUGCCAUGUUACCAAUCAUAGUCCAUUCUGCCGCUGUGUUGAGAGUUUCACUGGCAAUCCUUUUGUUAGUUGCCAAGAAAUCAUAGAACCUCCUGCGCCACAACCCCGACAAACAUGUCACCCAUCACCAUGUGGACCAUACGCAGAGUGCCGUGAGAAUAACGAGACACCUUCAUGUACAUGUCUUCCCGAAUACACGGGUGUACCACCAAACUGUCGUCCGGAAUGUGUUACCAGUUCAGAGUGUCCACUAAAUUUAGCAUGCAUUCAGCAGAAAUGCCGCGAUCCUUGUGUAGGCUUGUGUGCUCCAACUGCCGAAUGCCGUGUACUCUCGCACACACCUAGCUGCUUCUGUCCCGCAGGUUUACAAGGUGAUCCGUUUGUGGAAUGCAUUGAAAGACAAAUUUCCCAUAUGGAUCAGAUUAACCCAUGCAAUCCCAAUCCUUGUGGACCAAAUGCAUAUUGUACUUCACGCAACGACGCUGGCUCAUGUCAGUGUCUGAAUGAUUUCUAUGGUAAUCCCUAUGAGGGAUGUCGUCCUGAAUGCAUUAUUGACUCAGACUGCCAAGCGGAUAGAGCAUGUCAAUUGCAAAAAUGUCGAGAUCCCUGCCCAGGUACAUGCGGCCAAAAUUCCAUAUGUAAUGUUCUCAAUCAUGUACCCAGCUGCAGCUGCAUGAGCGGAUAUUCUGGCGAUCCAUAUCAGCUUUGUCUUCCUGAACAUCAACCGAUUAAGAUAUAUGUAAAUCCUUGUCAGCCCUCACCAUGCGGGCCAAACUCACAAUGCAGGGAAGUAAACGAACAACCUGUAUGCUCAUGUAUGCCUGAAUAUUUAGGGUCACCGCCAGCCUGCCGUCCUGAGUGCACCAUUUCGUCAGAAUGUGUAACAGAUAAAGCAUGUGUCAACCAAAAGUGUGUGGACCCCUGCCCUGGCACAUGUGGCGAUAAUUCCAAUUGUCGUGUUGUAAAUCAUAGUCCUAUUUGCUCAUGUCGCGCUGGUUACACAGGUGAUGCUUUCUACCGAUGUGUGCUCAUACCACCGGCAGCAUUAACGCCAGUGCAAAAGGCUCCCAUUAAUCCUUGUGUUCCAUCACCUUGUGGUCCUUAUGCUAAUUGUCUUGCACGAGGAGAUGUGCCAGCAUGUUCAUGCUUAGCCAACUACAUAGGUGAACCACCGAAUUGCCGCCCUGAGUGUCGCAUUAACUCUGACUGCCCAAGUAGCCAGGGCUGUAUAAAUGAGAAAUGUAGAGAUCCUUGCCCUGGUUCCUGUGGUUUUGGAGCUGUUUGUAAUGUCAUAAAUCAUACGCCUAGUUGUACAUGCCCUGUAGGCUAUACCGGUGAUCCAUUUAGUUUCUGCCAAGCUGAACCGCCACCGCAACCCGUCGAGCCGGAUGAUCCAUGCAACCCAUCACCAUGUGGUGCCAACGCUAAAUGUGAUGCAGGCGUUUGUACUUGCAUACCUGAAUACCAGGGCAAUCCAUACAGUGGUUGCCGUCCCGAAUGCCUUACUAGUCUCGAAUGCGCUCGACAUCUCGCUUGCAUACAUAACAAAUGUAGUGAUCCCUGUCCCGGCACAUGUGCUUCCAAUGCGCUCUGCAAUGUCAUAAACCACAUCCCUAUGUGCACGUGCCCCGAUGGAUACAAUGGCAACGCAUUUCUACAAUGCCAGCCCAUACAACAUACCCCUGUUAUUCAACCCUGUCAACCCUCGCCAUGUGGUCCAAACUCGCAGUGUCGCGAAAUUAACCAGCAAGCAGUAUGCUCCUGUGUAGUCGGAUAUAUUGGCUCACCGCCCCUGUGUCGUCCUGAAUGUACAUCAAAUUCAGAAUGUGCUUCUAAUCUAGCCUGUGUGAAUCAGAAAUGCGUUGAUCCUUGUCCUGGAGCUUGUGGACGCUACGCACAAUGCAACGUCGUCAACCACAACCCUUUUUGCACUUGCAGUUCGCAUUAUACAGGAAAUCCUUUCGUGGGAUGCCAACAAAUCAUUGAACCUACACAUGCUGACAAUUUACCGAAAGAUCCAUGUCAUCCCUCGCCAUGUGGCCCUAAUUCAGAAUGCCGUGCCCUUGGAAGCAUACCUUCAUGCAGUUGUUUGCCGAACUUUGUUGGCCGUUCACCCUACUGUAAGCCGGAAUGUGUGUCUAACUCUGAGUGUGCGGCGAAUCGCGCGUGUAUAAACCAAAAAUGCAGUGAUCCAUGCCCCGGCUUGUGUGGAAUUAGCGCCAUUUGCCGCGUUAUCUCCCACACAGCCAUGUGUCUGUGUGAUAAUGGCUUGACAGGUGAUCCCUUUACACAAUGCCAACCCAUUAAGGCGAAUGAAGAGAUUAUUAAUCCCUGUCAGCCUUCACCUUGCGGUGCAAAUGCCCAGUGCAUACAAAAUAACGGUGCCGGCACCUGCCAAUGCUUGCCUGAAUAUUUCGGAAAUCCAUACGAAAUCUGCCGCCCCGAAUGUGUGGUCAACUCGGACUGCCCAUUAAAUAAAGUAUGUCAGCAGGAGAAAUGUCGGGAUCCCUGCCCGGGCACCUGUGGACCCAAUGCCGAAUGUAAUGUUGUCAAUCACACGCCGAUUUGCAACUGCAUCACUGGAUAUAUGGGUGAUCCAUAUCGUUAUUGUAUCAACACUCCAGAACAAACUCUCCACGAGUAUGUUAAUCCUUGUGUACCUUCGCCGUGCGGUGCAAACUCACAAUGCCGUGAAGUACAAGGUCAAGCAGUGUGCUCUUGCCUCGUCGAAUUUUCAGGGGCCCCCCCAAACUGUAGGCCUGAAUGUACUUCUAGUGCUGAAUGUACAGCCUCUCAGGCAUGCAUCAAUCGCAAGUGCAUUGAUCCCUGCCCAGGUGUGUGCGGUUAUCAGGCUAUUUGCCACGUGCGUAAUCAUAGCCCGUUAUGCAUGUGCCCUUCUAGCAUGAUAGGAGAUCCUUUGGUUCGAUGCUUGCCGAGACCAUCAUUGUCACCCUUACCCUUGCCCCACCACGACCCUUGUGUGCCCUCUCCAUGUGGUCUAUAUGCAUCUUGUCGCAAACAAAAUGGCCAAGCUGUGUGUACGUGCUUGGCCAAUUACUACGGUACACCACCCACUUGUCGUCCCGAGUGUACUAUAAAUUCUGACUGUGGCAGCAAUCAGGCAUGCAUUAAAGAGAAAUGUGUAGAUCCCUGCCCAGGAGCCUGUGGUCUAUACACUGUAUGCCACGUCAUUAAUCACACGCCAAACUGUGUAUGUGCUCCAGGCUAUAUUGGUGAUGCCUUUGUUGCCUGCCGAACUCCAACACCAGCCCGUCCAGCUUAUGAAGACCCUUGCAGUCCCAAUCCCUGUGGAAGCAAUGCAGUUUGCUCUGAAGAUGGAAAAUGCAUAUGCAUUAAUGGCUAUGAAGGCGAUGCGUAUACGAUUUGCAGGCCUGAAUGUGUUUUGAGCACGGAGUGUCCUCGAAAUCUUGCUUGUGUGAAAAAUAAAUGUGUUGAUCCCUGCCCCGAUACUUGUGGUAUCAACGCGAUAUGUGAGGUGCAUAAUCAUGUUGCCAUGUGCCAUUGUCCAGAGCGUACGAGUGGUAAUGCUUUUAUACAGUGUUCUGCCCAGCCAAUGACUGUGUAUCACAAUCCCUGUUUUCCAUCACCUUGCGGCCCAUAUGCCGACUGUCGUGCUCAAGAUAAUCAAGCCAUAUGCAACUGUUUACCCAAUUACUAUGGUGUACCACCUGCCUGCCGUCCAGAAUGUAGUACCAACUACGAGUGUCCUACAAAUCGCGCUUGUCAAAAUCAACGCUGUGUUGAUCCCUGUCCAGGUAGCUGUGGUGCCUUUGCUCAGUGCAAAGUGGUUACCCAUAUUCCUUUCUGUAGCUGUAUGUCCGGAUUUACGGGCAAUCCGUUCGUGCAAUGCCACGCGUUGAUUAAGCCGUUGCGUGAUGUCGUACCUAGUGAUCCCUGCCAACCAUCACCCUGUGGCCCAAACAGUCAUUGUAAACGAGUUGGUGAUACGCCAUCCUGUACUUGUGCCGAAAACUUCUUUGGUACUCCACCAUACUGCCGCCCUGAAUGUGUGUCAAAUUUUGAGUGCACUUUAUCACAGGUUUGUGAAAACAACCGGUGCAAAGAUCCAUGUCCUGGCCUUUGUGGAACUGGAGCCAUAUGCCGUGUUUUAAGUCACACCGCUAUGUGCUUCUGUGAAGCAGGGUAUACUGGAGAUCCUUCUGUCUACUGUGCACCUAUACAACGAGGUCCUCCAGAAGUACUCGAUCCUUGCAAUCCCAACCCCUGCGGGGCGUACGCAGAGUGUCGUAAAGAAAAUGGCAUUGGAUCUUGCCAAUGUUUGCCCAAUUAUUUUGGUAAUCCCUAUGAUAUUUGCCGACCUGAAUGUGUAUUCGACUGGGAUUGUCCAGCAAAUAAAGCCUGCCAACAAGAAAAAUGUCGCGAUCCGUGCCCUGGAAGCUGCGGACUGAAUGCUGAAUGCUAUGUGCGCAACCAUUUACCCACAUGCAAUUGUAUUAAUGGCUUCACGGGCGAUCCCUACUCUUCUUGCAGUAUUUCGCCAAAACCGAUUAUACAUGAGUAUAUAGAUCCGUGUCAGCCUUCGCCCUGUGGACCUAAUUCCCAAUGCAAAGUACUUAAUGAACAGUAUGCUUGUUCAUGUCUGCCUGAAUAUGUAGGCGCACCACCAGGCUGUAGACCUGAGUGUGUUAUCUCAUCAGAAUGCAGCUUUGAAAAAGCGUGCAUUAAUAAUAAAUGCAUCGAUCCAUGUCAAGGAGCCUGUGGCUCUAAUGCCGUAUGUCAUACCAAAAAUCAUGUGCCACUUUGUACCUGCCAAUCAGGUUUUACUGGUGAUCCUUUCACGCGUUGUUACCGCAUACCUCCUCCUGUUGAAACUGUACAAUUCGUGCCAAUACGCGAUCCUUGUCACCCAUCUCCUUGCGGAGCUUAUGCGCUGUGUGAACCAUUGAACGGCCAAGCUGUAUGCCACUGCAUACCAAACUACUUUGGCAUACCACCUAGUUGCCGACCCGAAUGUACAACCAGUGCUGAGUGUCCCGCUACAUUAGCAUGCAUUAAUCAGCGCUGUGUAGAUCCAUGCCCUGGAUCUUGUGCCUACAACUCGUUAUGCAGCGUUCGUAAUCACAUACCGAUUUGUCAAUGUCCCACAGGAUAUGUGGGAGACCCAUUUACUCUUUGCACCAUUGCCCCACCCACGCCCAUUGUGAAUGAUGAUCCAUGUAAUCCGUCCCCAUGUGGUGCGAAUGCUCAAUGCCAGAACGGUGUAUGCAGUUGUUUACCUGAUUUCCAUGGAGAUGCUUAUGUCGGUUGUCGCCCAGAGUGUGUUUUGAGUGUGGAUUGCCCUACAAAUCGUGCUUGUGUGCAACACAAAUGUAUAGAUCCCUGCCCGGGUACUUGCGCCCACAACGCAAUCUGUGAUGUUAUAAACCAUAUUGCUAUGUGUCGAUGCUCAGAGGGAAUGGUAGGAAAUGCAUUCAUACAGUGUAAUGAGCUGUCAACUAUUCAUCGCGUCGUUCCGAAACCUUGUCAGCCAUCGCCAUGUGGCCCCAAUAGUCAAUGCCGAGUUCAUAAUGAAAACGCCGUUUGCUCCUGUGUAGAAGGCUUUAUCGGAAGUCCACCGAGCUGUCGGCCAGAAUGCACACGAAAUUCGGACUGUCUAAAUCAUUUAGCGUGUCAGCAAAAUCACUGCAUCGAUCCUUGCCCUGGCACGUGUGGCUUUAACGCUAUCUGCAAUGUUGCCAAUCACGCACCCAUCUGUAGAUGUCCCCCGCAUCAUCAAGGUAAUCCAUUCCUGGCCUGUCAGCCCGAACUACCACAAAUACCACAGCGUGACGUGCAGCCAUGCUUACCAUCACCUUGUGGUCCAUAUGCCGAAUGCCACUCUUUAGGUGAUCAGCCACAAUGCAGUUGUCUGCCGACCUUUAUUGGUAAUCCACCCAAUUGCCGUCCCCAAUGUAUCACUAAUUCGGAAUGUAGUUUUGAUAAGACCUGCACUGCUCAACGGUGUACCGAUCCUUGCAUAGAUGCAUGUGGCCCUCAUGCCAUCUGCAAUGCUUUAAGCCAUGAAGCUGUAUGUCAUUGUGCACCAGGCUACACCGGGAAUCCUUUUAUUGGGUGCGUAGCUCCUACACUAAUUCAACAAAAUCCUCCGGAAACUCCUUGUUCUCCAAAUCCAUGUGGCGCCAAUGCCGUUUGUCGCGAGCAAGGCACUGUUGGCUCAUGCCAGUGUCUACCGGAAUACCAUGGUAACCCGUACGAAAGCUGCCGCCCAGAGUGUAUAAAUGACAGCGAUUGCCCGGCAGACAAAUCCUGCCACCAACUUAAGUGUCACGAUCCUUGCCCAGGCAUAUGUGGCCUAAACUCAAUAUGUCGUGUAAUAAACCAUUCUCCCACUUGCCAGUGCUUAAGCAACUUUGAAGGUGAUCCUUAUCGUUUUUGUCGUCCACUCGAGAAGCCUGUUUAUAAAGAAUACAUUAAUCCCUGCCAACCAUCGCCCUGCGGUCCCAAUUCCCAGUGUAACACAUCGCAUAAUGGGCAAGUCGUGUGCUCUUGUCUACCCAAUUAUUUUGGAACACCUCCAAAUUGCCGACCAGAAUGUACAACUAAUGCCGAAUGUGCACAAAACAGAGCUUGUGCCGAUCAAAAAUGUACCAAUCCGUGUGUUGAUAUAUGCGGCACUAAUGCUGAUUGUCGCGUUGUCCGACAUGCUCCUAUUUGUAGCUGUAAACGCGGCUUUACUGGAGACGCUUUUUCACGUUGUUUCCCCCUUCCACCACCCGUACAUAUCCAAUCGGAAGUUUACCGUAAUCCUUGCAUACCGUCGCCUUGCGGCCAUUAUGCAAAGUGCCACGAUAACCGCGGUACAGCCACUUGUAUUUGUUUGCCCAACUACUAUGGUACACCACCCAAUUGCCGACCACAGUGCACUAUUAAUUCGGACUGUCCAGCACAUUUGGCCUGUCUGCAACAGAAAUGUAUCGAUCCCUGCCGCGGUGCUUGUGGAUUUAAUGCCAUUUGCCAGGUUAUUAAUCAUACACCUAACUGUCAGUGUAUACAUGGCCAAAGGGGCAACCCGUUUGUAUCCUGUCAAAUACAACCAAUUCCGCCUAUACCGCACCAAGACGAUGCUUGUCUGUCCUGUGGAGCCAAUACAAUUUGUAACGAUGGCAAAUGUAUCUGUUUACCGAAUUAUCGGGGAAAUCCAUCAAUUGGAUGUCGUCCGGAGUGCGUGUUGAAUACAGAAUGCACUAGUCGGCAAGCUUGUGUUCAACAAAAGUGCGUUGAUCCUUGUCCAGGCACAUGCGGUAUAGAUGCCAUUUGCGAGGUUCACAACCAUGUGGCCAUGUGCCAUUGCCCUGCUGGACUAACCGGGAACGCCUUUGUACAAUGUCGUCCCUUGCCGCCAGAGCCUUCGCGAGUAAUUUCAGAUCUCUGCCAGCCAUCACCAUGUGGACCAAACUCACAAUGCCGCAACAUUAACUCACAAGCGGUAUGCUCCUGUUUACCUCAAUUUGUGGGCGUGCCACCAUCUUGUCGCCCUGAAUGUGUGAGCGAUACGGAAUGUCCACUUCAUUUGGCUUGUCUUCAGAAGCGUUGUCAAGAUCCAUGUCCGGGCGCAUGUGGCCUGAAUGCCAAAUGCCGUGUUAUUAACCACAGUCCCAACUGUGUCUGCAUAAAUUCCUACAUUGGAAAUCCAUUUAUCGCUUGUCAGCAAAAUCUACCCUCAACUAAACUGGAAUCGGACCAGGAUCCUUGCUAUCCCUCCCCUUGUGGUCCCAACUCAGAGUGCCAAGAAAUUGAUAAAAGCGCCGUUUGUAAAUGUGUGAUAGGCUUUAUUGGCACACCACCAAACUGUAGACCCGAAUGUAUCAGUAACUCGGAUUGUGCACUUAAUGUGGCUUGUAUAAAUCAGAAGUGCCGUGAUCCAUGUCCAGGAGUCUGCGGUACAAACGCCGAGUGCUAUGUGAUUAAUCAUACUCCAACAUGUAUAUGCGUUAGUGGUUACACUGGUAAUCCUUUUGUCAGCUGUGAUAUCCAAAAUUAUUUAGUACAGCAGAAUGAGCCACUUAAUCCCUGCGUCCCCAGUCCUUGUGGUGCUAACGCACUAUGCACAGAGCGCAAUGGCGCCGGUGCCUGUCAGUGCUUGGACAACUACUUUGGCAAUCCGUACGAGGGCUGCCAUCCAGAGUGUGUGCUUAACUCAGACUGUCCAUCGCACUUGGCAUGCUUGCGCCAUAAAUGUCUCGAUCCAUGUCCCGGUACUUGCGGUCGCAAUGCAGAUUGCUAUGUCCGCAAUCAUCUUCCAGAAUGUAGUUGCGUUGCUGGCUACGAGGGAAAUCCCUACAGUUAUUGCAGUGUUAAGCACGAACCAAUUCAAAAACUUCAACCAUCGCGGCCUUGCCAGCCUUCUCCUUGCGGUCCUAAUGCACAGUGUCGCGAAGUUGACAGACAAGCUGUUUGUAGUUGCCUAGCCGACUUUGUCGGUAUCCCACCUGCCUGCCGACCCGAGUGCAUAAUUUCUAGCGAAUGUCCAUUGGACAAAGCCUGCAUCCAUCAACACUGCGUCGACCCUUGUCCUGGAAUUUGCGGCAAAAACGCUGUGUGUUAUACGCGAAACCACGGCCCAUACUGUAGUUGUAUUUCUGGUUACACGGGUGACGCUUUCACGUCUUGUCAUCCCAUACCUCCACUGAUAAUCUUCGACUAUCCUAAGGAUACUUAUCGCGAUCCUUGCGUGCCCUCGCCUUGUGGCACUUUUGGUCUGUGUCAUGCUCAAAACGAUCAAGCUAUUUGCACUUGUGCACCCGGUUACUUUGAUGCACCACCACACUGUCGCCCAGAAUGUAUUAUUAAUUCCGACUGCGCCGCCCACUUGGCCUGCUUUAAUGAAAAGUGUCGCGAUCCAUGCCCUGGCUCAUGUGGUGUUGCAUCCGAGUGCAGUGUAAUUAAUCACACGCCGAUUUGUAGAUGUUCACCUGGCUUUGAGGGCAACCCAUUUGUCAAUUGUGUUCCCAAGCUUCCGCCGCCAACACCAACCAUACUCCUAGAUGCUUGUACCCCUUCACCUUGCGGCUCAAACACUAUAUGCAGAGAUGGCCGAUGCAGCUGCUUGCCUGAUUUUGAAGGCAACCCUUAUGUUGGCUGCCGUCCCGAAUGUGUACUCAAUAGCGACUGUGCGCAUGAUUAUGCCUGUAUAGGCAGCAAAUGCAUUGAUCCGUGUGUAGGAGCUUGUGGAGUUGGUGCAAUUUGUGAAGUUAGCCGUCAUGUGCCAAUGUGUCGAUGCCCUGAAGGCAUGACCGGCAGUGCAUUUGUUCACUGCACAAGAGUACAAUCUGAACCAAUACGACCUCGCAAUCCGUGCCUUCCCACGCCCUGCGGCUCUAAUGCGCAGUGCCGAGUAGCUAAUGAGCAGGCAGUCUGCUCUUGCCUGCCCAACUUUUAUGGCACGCCACCGCAUUGCCGACCAGAGUGUACUAUAAACUCUGAUUGUGCUCCUCACUUGGCUUGCUUCAAUCAACAGUGCCGCGAUCCCUGUCCUGGCGCGUGUGGACAACACGCAUUGUGUCAGGUUAUAAAUCACACGCCGCACUGUAGGUGUCCUGCAGGGUACACUGGUAAUGCAUUUAGUUUGUGCCAACGUCUGCCUCCGCCACGCAUUUUAUCAUCGAAUCCUUGCGUACCCUCGCCCUGUGGUCCUAACUCUGUAUGCACACCAACCGCCGACGGCACCCAAGCAAAAUGCCAGUGCUCAAACGAUUUUAUAGGAACCCCACCCAACUGCCGGCCAGAAUGUAUCACAUCUGUAGAGUGCCCCAAUCAACUUGCUUGUAUUACUCAUAAAUGUCGCGACCCUUGUCCUGGAUUAUGCGGUUUGGCCGCAAGAUGCCAAGUGAUCAGCCACGUACCUUCCUGUGUUUGCAUGGCGGACUAUAUCGGAGAUCCAUUCAUUCAGUGUUAUCCACGACCACCAGUUGAGCUUGAUCAAGUACAUCCAUGUGUGCCUAAUCCUUGUGGGAGCAAUGCUGUGUGCAAACAACAAGGCAGCGCUGCUGUAUGCCAAUGCCUUACAAACUACUAUGGCGAUCCUUUUGAUAACUGCCGACCGGAAUGUUUGCUCAACACAGAUUGUCCUUCGAAUAAGGCCUGUCAGCAGCAGCAUUGUCGUGACCCUUGUCCAGGAGCCUGUGCACCUAACGCUCAAUGCACCGUAGUCAACCAUUUGCCAGCAUGCAGUUGCAAUAUCGGCUACAACGGAGAUCCGUAUCAGUACUGUCACUUGCAUCAAGAUGAAUCUACCUACAUUAAUCCCUGUGAGCCCACACCCUGCGGCCCAAAUGCACAAUGUCGUGAAACUAAUGGCCAGGCUAUUUGUACAUGCUUGCCCGACUACUUUGGAAUACCACCUGCCUGUCGGCCCGAAUGCACCAGCAAUGCCGAGUGUCCUUCUGACAAGGCUUGCCUGGGAAGAAGGUGCCGUGACCCUUGUCCUGGCUUGUGUGGAAGCAAUGCCUUAUGCGAAACGCAUCAACACCAAGCCAUGUGUUUCUGUCAGCCUGGUUAUACUGGAGAUGCUUUUGUACGUUGUGUGCCAAUUCCAGCACCGACUCGUUCGCCCCACUCAAACCCAUGUAUACCCUCGCCCUGCGGCCAAUAUGCUCAAUGUCAUUUACAGAAUGAACAGGGCAUUUGCACGUGUUUACCCCAGUACUACGGCUCGCCUCCCUAUUGCCGACCCGAAUGCAUUAUGAACUCCGACUGCCCCAGUCACCGUGCAUGUAUCAACGAAAGGUGUCGCGAUCCCUGUCCAGGCGCUUGCGGCUUGCACGCGCGUUGCAAUAUUUUGAACCAUGUCCCAAGUUGCUCAUGCCCAAGUGGUUUUGUAGGUGAUCCAUUCUAUCGCUGUUAUCCUAUACCGAUUUCAAGCCAACACUUAGCAAAUGAAGAACCUUCAGUGCCUAUAAAAAUAACUGCCGAUGAUCCUUGUAGCCCCUCCCCAUGUGGCCCUAAUGCACAAUGCAUUCAAGGUAUUUGUAGUUGUUUGCCACUGUACCACGGUAAUCCAUAUGUAGAAUGUCGUCCUGAAUGCAUUCUCAGCACAGAGUGCCGCUUAGAUAGCGCUUGUGUGCGCAAUAAGUGUAUCAAUCCUUGUCCUGGCACAUGUGGUGUAUCUGCUAUUUGUGAAGUGCACAACCAUGUUCCCAUGUGUCACUGUCCAGCUGGAAUGCAAGGGAAUCCCUUCGUGCAGUGUGACCCAAUACCACAAAAUAAUUUACCCAAAGUUACACUCAAGCAUCCAUGCCAGCCUUCACCAUGCGGCGCUCAUGCCCAAUGCCGAGCUCUCGGCCAGCAAGCAAUUUGCACCUGUCUGCCUGAUUACUAUGGUAGCCCACCUUCUUGUCGGCCGGAAUGCACCACCAAUCAAGAGUGUUCUUUAAUUUUGGCUUGUAUAAAUCAAAAGUGCCAUAAUCCUUGUCCGGGUGCUUGUGGGCAUUUCGCUGAGUGUCAUGUGAUUAAUCAUAGUCCACAAUGUAUUUGCCCCACCGGAUAUACCGGCAGUCCAUAUGUACAAUGUCACCCAAUUAUAGAACAACAUAGUUUGCAACGAGAGCCCAUUGAUCCAUGCAUGCCGACUCCCUGCGGCCCGCACUCGCAUUGCAGCAGUGCCAACGCUGUUGCAACUUGCCGAUGCCUGCCCGAAUUUAUAGGCGUACCACCUUACUGUCGGCCUGAAUGUAUUUCUAAUAGCGAAUGUCCCAGCGACAGAGCUUGCAUUAACCGAAAGUGCCACGACCCAUGUCCAGGCCUAUGUGGGCUUAAUGCCAUUUGUAGAACCUACAAUCACAAUCCGGAUUGUGUUUGUGCACCUGGCUUGGUCGGUAACCCAUUUAACGCAUGCCAGCAACUGCCGACGAUACCGUUAUCAACUACGGCCGUACAAUUGCCUGUCUAUAAUCAGCCCAUUAUCAAUCCGUGCAAUCCAAAUCCUUGCGGCGCCAAUGCGCGAUGUAAUCAGUACCAUGAUAUUAGCUCAUGCACUUGUCUGCCCAAAUACUACGGCAAUCCCUACGAAGCUUGUCGCCCUCAAUGUGUACUUAACAGUGACUGUCCUUCAAAUAAAGCCUGCGUACAACAAAGCUGCCUCGACCCCUGCCCUGGCACAUGCGGCCAAAAUGCAGAAUGCUAUGUAAUGGACCAUAUACCCCAUUGCAACUGCUAUAGUGGCUACAGUGGUAACCCAUUUACCCAUUGCAAGCCUAUCCCAGUUCAAGACGUACAACAAUCACCAGUUGUGUAUAUAAAUCCUUGUCAUCCAUCACCUUGUGGUCUUAACGCUGAGUGCCGUGAUGUGGGUGAGCAGGCAAUUUGCUCAUGCCUGCCCAAUUUUUAUGGUACUCCACCCUUCUGCCGACCCGAGUGUACACUUAACUCAGAAUGUACUUUUGACAAAUCAUGUGUGCAGCAAAAGUGCGUCGACCCAUGUCCUGGAGUUUGUGGUCUUAAUGCUGAGUGCCGCGUGCACUACCAUAGUCCAAUUUGUUACUGCAGGCCUUUCCAUACAGGUGAUCCGUUUACGCGUUGCUACAAAAUCCCGAAAACUCCAAGUGUUAUUCGACCAGCAAUAUUUGAUACAUCAGCACCGCCUUAUCCAGUUUCAAUACCAGGAUUAAUAAACAUACCCACCAGAGCCCCUCAAUUACCAAAACCAGAAAUUAUAAACAUUCCUGCACCUCAACCAUCAACACCGCCCACUAAACAAGCUGUUUUCCAAAAGCCAGGUGUUACCAACAUUCCUUCUAUACUGCAACAUACACCCCCACAACAAGAGUCACCAAAACCGGGAGUUAUCAACAUUGGUUCUAAGCCUAUUCCAGAAUACCCACCGCCACAACGCAUACCUCAGAUGCCACAACGGCCAAUAUAUGACGUUUAUUACCCGCCCCCACCAUCAAUACCAGGGGUUAUAAAUAUUCCUUCUUUACCAAAGCCAAUAUACUCGACGACACCAUCAGACGGUUUUAUGAAUCCAACUCCACAAGCACCAAAUUCAGAGACCAUCAACAUUCCUUCAAUAUCGCCUCAAAACUACGAUGUUUAUUACGGCACACCAAAACCACCAACACCAGGAAUUAUCAACAUUCCUUCAGAAGCUCAUCCGACUCCACCUGUUUCUCAGCCACCAUUGUUUAUAUCUUCAUCUACGCCAACAACUUCUCCGCCAAAACUGAAUGUUAUCAACAUUCCUUCAGUACCGCAACCUGUUAAUCCUUCUCCACAGUCUCCAACCUAUGAUGUUAAUUAUCCAACACCUCAACAGCCAAAGCCAGGAGUUAUCAACAUUCCUUCAGAAACUCAUCCGACUCCACCUGUUUCUCAGCCACCAUUGUUUAUAUCUUCAUCUACACCAACAACUUCUCCGCCAAAACUGAGUGUUAUCAACAUUCCUUCAGAACCGCAACCUGUUCAUCCUUCUUCACAGUCUCCAACCUAUGAUGUUAAUUAUCCAACACCUCAACAGCCAAAGCCAGGAGUUAUCAACAUUCCUUCAGAAGCUCGUCCGACCCCACCUAAUGCUCAGUCACCAUUGUUUAUAUCUUCAUAUACGCCAACAACUUCUCCGCCAAAACUGAGUGUUAUCAACAUCCCUUCAGUACCGCAACCUGUUCAUCCUUCUCCACAGUCUCCAACCUAUGAUUUUAAUUAUCCAACACCACAACCACCAACACCAGGAGUUAUCAACAUUCCUUCAGAAGCUCGUCCGACCCCACCUAAUGCUCAGUCACCAUUGUUUAUAUCUUCAACUACACCAACAACUUCUCCGCCAAAACUGAGUGUUAUCAACAUCCCUUCAGUACCGCAACCUGUUCAUCCUUCUCCACAGUCUCCAACCUAUGAUGUUAAUAAUCCAACACCACAACCACCAACACCAGGAGUUAUCAACAUUCCUUCAGAAGCUCGUCCGACCCCACCUAAUGCUCAGUCACCAUUGUUUAUAUCUUCAUCUACGCCAACAACUUCUCCGCCAAAACUGAGUGUUAUCAACAUCCCUUCAGUACCGCAACCUGUUAAUCCUUCUCCACAGUCUCCAACCUAUGAUGUUAAUUAUCCAACACCUCAACAGCCAAAGCCAGGAGUUAUCAACAUUCCUUCAGAAGCUCAUCCGACUCCACCUGUUUCUCAGCCACCAUUGUUUAUAUCUUCAUCUACACCAACAACUUCUCCGCCAAAACUGAGUGUUAUCAACAUUCCUUCAGAACCGCAACCUGUUCAUCCUUCUCCACAGUCUCCAACCUAUGAUGUUAAUAAUCCAACACCACAACCACCAACACCAGGAGUUAUCAACAUUCCUUCAGAAGCUCAUCCGACUCCACCUGUUUCUCAGCCACCAUUGUUUAUAUCUUCAUCUACACCAACAACUUCUCCGCCAAAACUGAGUGUUAUCAACAUUCCUUCAGAUCUGCAACCUGUUCAUCCUUCUACACAGUCUCCAACCUAUGAUGUUAAUAAUCCAACACCUCAACAGCCACAGCCAGGAGUUAUCAACAUUCCUUCAGAAGCUCAUCCGACUCCACCUGUUUCUCAGCCACCAUUGUUUAUAUCUUCAUCUACACCAACAACUUCUCCGCCAAAACUGAGUGUUAUCAACAUUCCUUCAGAACCGCAACCUGUUCAUCCUUCUCCACAGUCUCCAACCUAUGAUGUUAAUAAUCCAACACCACAACCACCAACACCAGGAGUUAUCAACAUUCCUUCAGAAGCUCGUCCGACCCCACCUAAUGCUCAGUCACCAUUGUUUAUAUCUUCAUCUACGCCAACAACUUCUCCGCCAAAACUGAAUGUUAUUAACAUUUCUUCAGUACCGCAACCUGUUCAUCCUUCUCAACAGUCUCCAACCUAUGAUGUUAGUUCAGAUCUUCAUGGCCAAAUUAAUCCAUGCUACCCUUCACCGUGCGGUCCAUUUUCGCAAUGCAAUAAUCGCUUUACAGUGGCUAUAUGUACAUGCUUACCCAACUAUAGUGGUACACCACCAAAUUGCCGACCAGAAUGUGUAGUUCACUCUGACUGUCCGGCCUCCUUGUCAUGCAUAAACAGUAAAUGUGAAGAUCCCUGUCCUGGUGCCUGUGCUUACAAUGCUAUAUGUCGGGUUCAAAAUCACGUGCCAAAUUGUCUGUGUCCAGCAGGCUAUACAGGCAACGCUUUCAUUUCCUGCCAACCCACGCGAACACAACUAAGUGCUCAACCAGAAAAGGAUCCUUGUUACCCGUCACCCUGUGGGACAAAUGCCAUUUGCAACAAAGGCAUAUGUAGCUGCGUAGCCGAAUACCAAGGUGAUCCAUAUAAUGGAUGUCGCCCGGAAUGUAUUCUCAACACCGACUGUAUGCGAGACAAAGCUUGCAUUAAUCAGAAAUGUGUCGAUCCUUGUUCAGGAAAUUGUGGCUUGAAUGCCGUAUGUCAUGUUAAAAAUCAUUUACCAACGUGUGCUUGUCCAGAAAAUAUGCAGGGAAAUGCAUUUAUACGAUGCGAUCUCGUUCCCGUUGCCAUACCCCCAGCUAUAACUACAGCGACGCCCAUCAUAUUAACAUCUGUUAUUACACAGAAUGUUUCUGUUGAUCCUUGUCGACCUUCACCAUGCGGCCCUAAUGCAAAUUGUCGUGUUUAUCGGGAUCAAGCUAUCUGUUACUGCCUGCCAGGUUACUUUGGCACGCCACCUGCCUGCCGUCACGAAUGUACAGUACACUCUGAUUGUGCCCUGGAUAAAUAUUGUUUGAAUCUUAAAUGUCAAAAUCCCUGUCCAGGCGCAUGUGGCUUACACGCCAUAUGCCAUAUUCAAAAUCAUAGUCCUGUCUGCAUUUGUCCACCACGGACAACGGGCAACCCAUUGUUAGCUUGCCAGGCCAUAGUUACACCCCAAACAGCACCGGAGACCCACGAUGAGAUUAAUCCAUGUCAGCCCUCACCUUGUGGACCCAAUUCACAUUGCAUAUCCACUGGACAAACGGCUCGCUGCUCAUGCUUGCAUGAAUUUAUAGGCACUCCACCUUAUUGUCAUGCUGAGUGCGUAAGCAAUGCCGAUUGUCCAAUCAAUAGGGCUUGCUUCCGCCGUAAAUGUGUUGAUCCUUGCCCGGGUACUUGUGAUCAGUCAGCCCUAUGCCGUACGAUCGCCCAUAGUCCAAUUUGCUACUGUCCACCAGGGCACAUAGGUGAUCCAUAUAGCUCAUGUAGGCGUCCACUCAUUGAACAGACAUCGCCAGUGCGACGGAUCCCAUGUAGUCCUAGUCCCUGUGGUAUUAAUGCAAUUUGUCAGCCCCAUAACGAUUUCAGUGUGUGUCAGUGCCUACCCGAUUAUUUUGGUAAUCCCUAUGAAAUUUGUCGCCCCGAAUGCACACGAAAUUCUGACUGCACCAGCGAUAAGGCAUGUAUGAACGGAAAAUGUCUUGAUCCUUGCCCCGGCUCUUGUGGAAUAAACUCGUAUUGUCAAGUGGUUAAUCAUGCCCCCACAUGCGAAUGUAUUGCAGGAUAUGUAGGAAAUCCUUAUAGUGCAUGUCAACUUUUGCAGCAAGAACCCACGCCUCCAACCGUCUACAUCGAUCCCUGUAAUCCGUCACCUUGUGGCUACAAUGCACAGUGCCGCGAAUCAAACGGCCAAGCAAUUUGCUCGUGCCUUCCGGAAUUUGUAGGCACGCCACCCGCAUGUCGCCCUGAAUGCGUCAUCAGUAGCGAGUGUUCGUCAGACAAAGCUUGCAUAAAUCAGAAAUGCCAAGAUCCUUGUCCAGGUUCCUGUGGUGUAAAUGCCAAGUGUCAUGUGCGAAACCACAGUCCUCUAUGCUCAUGUGAAGUCGGUUACACAGGCGAUGCCCUCACCCGUUGUUUGCCCCUACCACCACCACAAACAAAGCAACCAACCAAAGAUAUAAAUCCAUGCAUUCCUUCACCCUGUGGCUCUUAUGCGCAAUGCCGGGAAAUCAAUGGCGGCGCCAGUUGCAGUUGUUUGCCAAGAUACAUUGGCUCACCUCCGAAUUGUAGACCAGAGUGUACGAUAAAUGCCGAAUGUCCAAGUAAUUUGGCUUGUAUCAAAGAACAAUGUCGUGAUCCCUGUCCUGGAGCCUGCGGCUUUGCGGCUCAGUGUAAUGUUAUCAAUCAUACGCCUAGCUGCUCUUGCCGCCCCGGCUUUACGGGGGAUCCAUUUACCAGUUGCAGGGAGCUGCCACCUGCAUUACCUAAGCCAGCACCAACACGCGAUGAUCCUUGCAUUCCCUCACCUUGUGGCUUCAAUGCUAUCUGCCACAAUGGCCAGUGUUCGUGUCGUCCAGAAUACCGGGGAAAUCCGCUUAUAGGCUGUCGUCCUGAGUGCGUUUUGAACGCAGAUUGCCCACGAAAUCGUGCCUGUGUGCGCAAUAAAUGCAUAGAUCCCUGUCCGGGAACUUGUGGACAGCAAGCGACGUGUUAUGUAGCCGAUCAUGUUGCCAUGUGCAGCUGUCCUCCUGGAUUGACGGGCAAUGCAUUCAUAUCCUGUGAGCCCAUGCCUGACAUACCAGUUCCCAAGCCCUGCCAUCCAUCGCCUUGUGGACCUAAUUCGAUAUGCCUGGAGCGCAAUGAUAAUGCUAUAUGCUCAUGUGUUCCUGGUUACACCGGAAAUCCACCGACUUGCCGGCUGGAGUGCUACACAAGCUCAGACUGUGCUCAAAUUCAUGCCUGCGUCAACAAUAAAUGCGUGGACCCUUGUCCAGGUCAAUGUGGACUAAAUACAGUCUGUCAGGCUAUACAACAUCGUGCUCAUUGUGAAUGCAUCGCUGGGUAUACUGGCAAUCCACGUAUCCUUUGCAAUCGUAUUUUCAUCGAACGUAAGCCGGAGAAGACAUCAGACCCUUGUCUCCCCUCACCUUGUGGUUCCAACGCCCAGUGCAGAACUGAAAAAGGGCAAGCAAUUUGCUCUUGUCUGCCCGAGUUCCAGGGCACACCACCCAACUGUCACCCUGAAUGUACCAGUAACGACGAAUGCGCCAAUAAUUUGGCAUGCAUUAAUCAAAAGUGUCUUGAUCCUUGUCCCGGCUCAUGUGGACAUAAUGCUAUUUGUUUGGUUACUCUUCACACGCCCAAUUGUCAUUGCCCAUCGGGUAUGACAGGUGAUCCAUUCCGGUUAUGUCAGGAAAUACCCAAAACACUGCCUAAACCACCAACUACACAGCCUAAGAAUCCAUGCCAACCUUCACCUUGCGGCAUCAAUUCGGAAUGCCGUGUACGUGGAACCAACUAUGUCUGUGACUGUAUCAACGAGUACAUUGGCAAUCCUUACGAGGGCUGUCGCCCUGAGUGUCUGGGUAACUCGGACUGUCCAGCCAACCGCGCCUGCAUACAGAAUAAGUGCACAGAUCCAUGCCCCGGUACCUGUGGCGUGGAGGCUCUUUGCACAAUCAACAACCACAUUCCUAUAUGCUCUUGUCCAGUGGGAUACUCUGGGAAUGCAUUUGUACAGUGCACACGUAUUGAUGAGCAACCCCCUACACAGUCAGACCCUUGCUAUCCCUCACCUUGUGGUCACAACUCAGUGUGUCGAGUGCAACGCAAUCAGGCUGUAUGUGAAUGCUUGCCUGGCUUCUUUGGCAAUCCACUAGAUCAAGGCUGUCGACCCGAAUGUACGCUUAGCUCCGAUUGUGCCAAGGAUCGUACCUGCGUUAAUUCAAAAUGUGUUGAUCCCUGCCCUGGCAUGUGCGGUUUUGGUGCCGAGUGUCUCGCCAUUAAUCACAAUCCGAUUUGCAAGUGUCCAAACGACAUGGUUGGCAACCCCUUCGUACAAUGCGAAGCUCGCAGAGAAGUUGAACCCCUUGACCCUUGCCUUGUUUCACCUUGCCGCAAGGGCACAUGCCAUGUAGUUAAUGGGGCAGCCAUUUGCAGUGAGUGCAGAACUAAUGAAGAAUGCUCUCGAGGUCGCAUCUGCAUUAAUGAGAAAUGUCGCGAUCCAUGCAUCAAUGCCUGUGGCCUCAACGCUAUUUGCAAUUCAAUCAAUCAUAAGGCCGUAUGUACAUGCCCACCUGGCUUCUAUGGCUCACCAUACAAUCAAUGCGUUAAGCAGUUACCAGAAAUAAAACCACCACGACCCGAGUGCAUGAGUGAUUCAGAAUGCACCAAUGACAAGGCCUGCAUCGAUCAAGUUUGCCGCAAUCCUUGUGAACAAUCUCAGAUUUGUGGAAAGAACGCACGCUGUCACGUACAACUCCAUCGUCCACUCUGCAUUUGCAAUGAGGGCUACACAGGCAAUGCGCUGCAAUACUGUCACCUACUGGGCUGUCGUGCCGAUGAGGAAUGCCCCGCAACACAGGCCUGUAUUAACCAGCAAUGCGUAGAUCCUUGCAGAUUUACACAGUGCGGUACAAAUUCGGUUUGUCGCGCCGACUACAAUCACAAGGCGCGUUGCUACUGUCCUGAUGGAUACAGAGGUAAUCCGCUGAUUAGCUGUGAACGCCCUGAGUGUACAAGUGAUGAAGAGUGUUCCUUCAAUUUGGCUUGCCGCAACGAGCGUUGUGAGGAUCCAUGCAACUGCGGCCUUGGUGCCCAAUGCCGUGUGGAAAAUCACCGUGCUCAAUGUCGCUGCCCUGCCGGCUAUAGCGGCAACCCCACCGUGCGUUGUGAAUUGAUACCAGCUCAACCCGAUGGUUGUACCAUGGAUGCAGAAUGUGCCAGCAAAUUGGCAUGCUUUUCGGGUGAAUGCAAAAAUCCAUGCGACGUGGCACAUCCAUGCGGUAUUAAUGCGAUUUGUGAAGUUGUGAACACACUACCGCUUCGAACGAUGAUUUGUCGCUGCGAACCAGGCUAUGUGGGUGACGCUGACAUUGGAUGCCGCAAAGAGCCCACACGUGAUCACGGGUGUCUAUCACAUAACGAAUGCCAGGACACGGAAGCCUGCCGCAAUGGUAACUGCGUUAAUCCCUGCCUUGAUUCAUCUCCUUGUGCACGGACUGCUGACUGCCUGGCACAACAACAUCGUGCUAUGUGCAAAUGCCCACAAGGUACUCAGGGUGAUCCAUUUAUCAACUGUUAUCAGCCACCUCAAAUAACUGCUGGAUGUACUCAUGACUCUGAAUGCACGCCCACUACAGCGUGCAUCAAUAAGCGCUGUCAAGAUCCAUGCGCUGAGGCCAAUCCAUGCGCAGGCAAUGCAGAAUGUCGCGUUCAGAACUCAAGGCCCACCUGCUACUGUCCAGCUGGAUGGGGUGGCGAUCCACAAGUACAGUGCUAUAAACCCGAGUGUAAGAUCAAUGCCGACUGUCCCUAUGACAAGGCCUGCAUCAAUGAGAACUGCGUCAAUCCCUGCACUUAUGGUAAUAUACGCUGCGGCGUGGGUGCUGAUUGUACAGCACAGAAUCACCAAGCCGUCUGCAUCUGCCCCGCUGGAACGCAGGGAAAUCCAUUUAUUUCCUGUAUCACUGGCCAUUGUCAAUAUAACGAAGACUGCGCUGAUCAUGAAGCGUGCGAUCGCUUGAAUCGCGUCUGCCGUCCCGUAUGCGACGAUGAUACUUGCGCAUUAAACGCUGUCUGUGUAGGCCGUCGCCAUCAGCCCGAAUGUGAAUGUCGCUCCGGCUAUCAGGGCAAUCCAUUUAUACAGUGUGCACUACAGGAGCGUACCCCGCAACCGGAGUGCACCCAGGAUGCUGAAUGCCCAUCACAACUUGCCUGCAUUCAGCAGCACUGUGCCAAUCCUUGUAACACUCCACAUGUGUGCACACCACAGCAGACGUGUGCAGUGCUAGAUACUUUACCACUGCGUACAAUGAUCUGCAAGUGUCCUACCGACACAUUGACAGAUAACUCGGGCAACUGCAUACCUAUCCAGCAUGGCAUUGUUGUAGGAUGCCAACAUAACGAGGAAUGUGCUAAUACUGAGAUCUGUCAGCAUGGUAAUUGCCUGGAAGCAUGCCACUUGGAACAAUGCGGAAAGAAUGCACAGUGCAGUGCCCGUGAUCACUACGCCCAGUGCAGCUGUCCACGUGGCUACCAGGGAAAUCCUCGUAUUGAAUGCUACACCACAGAAAUAGCUAUACCCAAAUCCCCAGAAGCAGAAUGUACCAAGAACGACGACUGUCCGAACGAUAAAUCCUGUCGUAAUGAACGAUGCGUAAAUCCUUGUGUCGACGAUCCCUGCGGUCAAGGAGCAUAUUGCCAUGCAGAACAGCGCAGAGCGAUCUGUCGCUGUCCACCUAGUUACACGGGAGAUCCACGUGUACGCUGUUUGCCACCUGCCGAUGUCAUAACCGUCGGCUGUAAAUCAAACUCAGACUGUCCUGUGACGGAGGCCUGCCUAAAUGCACAAUGCAUAAGCCCUUGCAACUGUGGACCUAAUGCCGAGUGCUCUGUCCGUAAUCACCAUCCAAUAUGCUACUGCAAACCUGGAUACUCUGGCAAUCCGCAAUUCGGAUGUGUUCAAAUUGGCUGUCAAUCGGACGAUGAGUGCUCCAAUGAUAACCAGUGCGUGAAUCAGGAGUGUAUUAAUCCGUGCUUGAUCACAGAUCCUUGUGCACUAAACGCCGAAUGUUAUGGUCGUGAUCAUCGCGCGGCGUGCCGCUGCCCAACCGGCCUGGAAGGUGAUCCAUUUGUACGUUGCAUUCGCCUGGAAUGUCAUUCUGACUUUGACUGUGCCAACAACUUAGCCUGUUUAAACAACCAGUGCGUCAAUCCAUGCGCUAACAAUCCUUGCGCCCGCAAUGCUAUCUGUCAGGCACUGCAACACAAAGCUAUCUGUCGCUGCCCUGAAGACAUGCCACUUGGAAAUCCACAAUCUUACUGUGAGCGUCGCCCUGUUGAGCCCAUCUGUCGCGAUGAUGGAGACUGUCCCAGCCGCUUGGCCUGCAUCGACGCAAAAUGUAAAAAUCCAUGUACAGAAUUGUCACCUUGUGCCCGCACUGCAAAAUGUUCAGUUCUGGAUAGCGUUCCGGUGCGCACAAUGGUCUGUGAGUGUUCACAAUCCUUUGUACCCGAUGCAAGCGGCGAGUGCAAACAGUUAGUUCUCCAGAGUCCACCCGGUUGUAGCAGCGAUCAAGACUGUCCGGACAGUGAAGCUUGCGUACAUCGUCAGUGCCGUAAUCCCUGCAACUGUGGUAUCAAUGCCAUCUGUAAUGUACAAAACCAUCGCGCAGUAUGCUCGUGCCAAGAUGGAUUUGAAGGAAAUCCGUAUUCCACUUGCCGGUCAAUUGGUUGUCGCAUCGAUGGUGAAUGCGAUUCGGGCAAGGCCUGCAUCAAUGGCAACUGCGUUAAUCCAUGUCUAGUUAAUGAUCCGUGCGGCAUCAAUGCCGAAUGUUACGUGCAAUCUAAUCAAGCUCAUUGUCGCUGUCAGAGUGGCUAUCGGGGCAAUCCGUAUGAUCGAUGCCGCGUCAUUGGUUGCACCUCCAACAAUGACUGUCCCACAGACAAGAUGUGCGAAAACGAGCAAUGCGUUAAUCCCUGCAUUUACCACAAUCCUUGCUCGCCGCAUGCAGAGUGCCGACCUCAAAAUCACAUGGCUGUCUGCCGCUGUCCGGUUGGCUUCCUUGGAAAUCCCUAUGUGGACUGUCGUCCUGAGCCACAGCCCGUGUGCAAGUUGGAUACUGACUGCCCUGCACGAUUGGCCUGCAUUAAUGACGAAUGUGUCGAUCCCUGCUCUGUUUUGGAGCCCUGCAAUAGACCAGCUCGAUGUGAGGUUACUCCAACAGCUCCUGUCCGCACAAUGAUCUGCAUUUGUCCGGAUGGUUACAUCAGCUCUGGUAGCGGCACCUGCAAGCCCACUUCUGGUAUUGUCAAGGUUGGCGGUUGUAUAUCAGAUACUGACUGCUCGGCUGACACAUCGUGUGUCAAUGGCAUCUGCCGCGACCCAUGUAAUUGCGGGCUCAACUCCGAAUGUCGCAUCAAGGACCAUAAGCCAGUCUGUACCUGUCGCCAGGGCUACGAGGGUAAUCCCGAGUUCGAGUGCACAAAAGUAGAAUGUAGUGUGGAUUCGCAUUGUCCCACAACACAUGCUUGCCGCAAUCAACUGUGCGUUCCCGCAUGUCAAGGAGAACAAUGCGGAUCGAAUGCCGAAUGCUUAGCUGUCAAUCACCGCUCCAUAUGCGAUUGCUUGCCAGGAUAUGGUGGUAAUGCCCGAAUUGGAUGUACUCCACUUGGCUGCCGUGCUGAUGAUGACUGUCCCGCUGAGAAGGCUUGCGUCAAUGGCAAAUGCACAAAUCCUUGCGAGACCACAGCGAUUUGCGCAAUUGAUGAAGUUUGUAAGGUCUAUCAACAUCGUCCGAAAUGCGCCUGUCCACCUGGAACCAUACUCAGAAGUAACGGUUGCGAGGCAGAACGCGUCGUGCCCAUCUGCGUCAGUGAUUCUGAUUGUCCCAGCCAACGUGCCUGUAUUCGGGGAGAAUGUGUUAAUCCUUGCAAUGCUACUCAGCCCUGUGGUGUUAAUGCCAAGUGUCGUGUGCUAGAUACCAUUCCGGUACGCACCAUGAUUUGCGAGUGUCUGGAGGGCUAUACUGGCAAUGCGGCCGUGCAGUGUGAUAAGCGUUCGAUUUGUGUGAUUGAGAAAGGUUUUGUGCGGGAUAUUGAUGGCCAAUGCGUUUGCCCACCGGGAUCUGCUUUAGAUGUCUACGAAUACUGUACACCUUGCAUUGUGGAUCAGGGCUUCCGUAUCGAUGAGACAGGUCAUUGCGUCUGCGCUUUAGAACGUGGCAUGGUAAUUGACGAACGCGGACGUUGCAUUUGCCCCAUAGAUCUAGGCUAUCGCCUGACUGCCCUGGGCGAGUGUAUACCGGAAGACAAACCCGAAUGUGUUACUAACGAUGAUUGUGCAGAUAAUCGAUAUUGCAAUAGUGAAACAAAGAGCUGCGAGGACCCUUGCCUAGUAAAGACCUGCGGCAUUAAUGCAUUCUGUAAUGCCAUUAACCAUCGGGCUCACUGCCAAUGUAUUACUGGUUAUUCCGGUAAUCCAGAUACAAUUUGCAACCACACCAACUUCCGUACGGACUUCCCACGCCCUGACAUGGUUGUCAGUUGUCUUGCAGAUGGUGUGCAAGUGGAAAUACACAUCACUGAACCUGGUUUCAAUGGCGUUCUUUACGUCAAAGGUCAUAGCAAGGAUGAGGAAUGCCGUCGCGUUGUGAAUUUGUCCGGUGAAACUGUGCCACGAACAGAAAUCUUCCGCGUACACUUUGGCACAUGUGGCAUGCAAGCGGUAAAGGAUGUAGCCAGCUUUGUCCUAGUUAUACAAAAGCAUCCCAAGCUGGUGACCUAUAAGGCGCAAGCGUACAACAUUAAGUGUGUCUAUCAGACAGGCGAAAAGAACGUCACUUUAGGAUUUAAUGUAUCCAUGUUGACGACAGCGGGAACUAUCGCCAAUACCGGUCCGCCACCCAUAUGUCAAAUGCGUAUCAUUACUAACGACGGCGAAGAAAUUAAUUCGGCCGAGAUUGGCGAUAAUCUCAAACUACAAGUAGACGUCGAGCCAGCAACUAUCUAUGGCGGAUUUGCAAGAUCGUGCAUAGCCAAGACUAUGGAAGAUAAUGUACAAAAUGAAUACAUAGUGACGGACGAAAACGGUUGCGCGACAGAUACUUCCAUCUUUGGCAAUUGGGAAUACAAUCCAGAUACCAACAGCUUACUGGCCAACUUUAAUGCCUUCAAAUUUCCGUCCAGCGACAACAUACGUUUCCAGUGUAACAUACGUGUCUGCUUUGGCAAGUGCCAGCCCGUCAAUUGUGGGGGCUACAAUGCAUUUGGUCGACGACGUCGUCGUUCUAUUGCGGAUAACUCGAACGAUACGACAGCUAUUGCUACUAACACUGGCGUAGAGGGCCAACUGCGUGAGGAAAUUACUAUAUCAUCAAAUGCAAUUUUGACAUUCGAAAAACGCAGCGGUCCAGGCUUAAACGAUGCCAAUAUUAAACCGGCUGCACAGCGCGUUGAGGAUAUUUGCGUCUCCAUGGUGGGUCUGAUUAUUGCUCUGGUUAUAACCGCGCUACUGGCACUUGUUGCCGUUGCAGUGGCAGUCUCUUGCUGGCUAAUGGCUUAUAGAAGAAGGCCCAAGACUUUGGCGCCAUUGCCACAUCCACCGGAGUUCCCCAAUCCGCUAUUCGCCAAUCCAGAUGCUGUGCCAGAACCAACACCAGAUUACAUAUCCUAAACGUAACUGAUAAAACAAGAAAUAUCUAGAUGUAACUUAGACUAUACAAAAAAAGGAAAAACAAAUUAUUGAAAAUAUUUGAAGUGCUCGUGCAAAAAGAUGUUAAAAUGAAUUGAAAUUUAAUUUCGCGCUAGCAAAUAUGCAAUGAAUGAAGAGUGCAAGAAAAAACAAAAGUAAAAUUGUGAGUUGAAUGUUAAAUUAGCGUUUUUGAAACGCUUACAUUGAAAGAAACUGAAAACCUGCAUCCUGUCAAGCAGGAGAUAAAAUCAAGUUGUGAAAAUGACACGCAAAACUUAGUGAUAUAAGAUAAUAAUUUUAUGCAUCUUGUAGUUCUUUUAUCCUACUAAUAUGAGAGUUUCGCGUAGCACUUCUUGUGUCCAAAAAAGAAUUUCAGAAGCCCAAAAAACGUUCAAUACUAAACUGCCAAACCUAUACGAGGAAUACUGUUUCAGAAGUUACCAUAUCCAAAAUAAUAAUAGUUAGAUCAGCAGUAAUGUCUCAUCACAAGCAGCUACAAACGAAUUCUCGUCCACUAACGACAACUUCUUCAUUAGUCGAUCAUAAAUAUUACUUACUUACAUAUGUUUGUUAUAAUAUAAAUACUAAAGACUUUUUAUAAGCACUUAGGGUGUGGGUAGUAGCAACGACACUUUGUAUUAUAGCACAGAUGACACAAACACACACACAGAAACUACUACUUCCUAUAAUUUAUAAAGCGAGCUCGGCUUUUAAAAUUACAAACUGCCUUAAAUUUGCAACAAUUACGAUCAAUGCACCCCACAAUACUCCUUAGUAGAAUGUAAGCUAAGCAUAGGACAGCAGCAUCGACCUCUGUUCAACCAGUGCCACUAUGAAACCAUUUUCAACCAAAAGACAAUAUUCCAACGAUUGUCUUCCACGGAUUGUAGCAAUGCUCAAGCACACACACACACACACACACACAUACAAACACUCGAAUAUACACGUCAACAGAAAAGUCACACAAAAGAGCUGAGGCACAAGCAGCAACAAGUCAUUCCGUUCCGCUGUUCCCACAAAAAAAAACUGCCACUGAGGCGUCAGCGCAAACAGAUUAAUAGCCUCACUGUCUACCUAAGGCAUAGGAAAUAUUAGGACUGUUUUAAUUUUAAAUGCAACAACGACUAAUGGAGAACUUGCUUUUCACCGCUCUAUACUACCACUACCACUACUUACUAUUAAUAUUUUUGUAGAUUUUUAGUCAAUUAAUAUUAAAUUGUUGUGAUUGUUUUUAAUGCAAAAAAUACUUCCACUAAUUAACUAAUAAUAUAAACAGAGCAUAAGUAAAUGCUUAAAAAUACAACGAAAGGGGACGCCACCGUCCGCACCUACACACAUGAACGCAAAAUGGCAGCGCUCUGCCGUCAACGCACCGGAAGCUAUGCAGCGAAUUUUUGUUUCCUGUGCCUGUUUAUGGCGAGUAACUGUGUAUUUUGCGUGACUUGCGUGUGCGACCUUUGACGCCUAAUAUUAAAUUAUUAAAAAAAAAGCUUAAAUUAAUAUUAUUAAACGUAAAGAAAAUGUAUAGUCACUACUUUAAGACAAACGUGAAUCAAAUGCAAGAAGAAAAUAAAACAAUAUUUCCUUUUAGUAAAAUACAAUAAACACUCAAACAGCGACACAAACACGCAAUGAAAUCAAUUGUAAAUAAUGACCACUAGAAUUUCAUAGUAUUUUAAUUAGAAUUUUUGUGUUUUCGCACUUUUACUCUCACUUUCUUUUAUAUCAAUGCCAGACAUCAAAUUAAUUUCCUUCCUUUAUUAAUAAACAUAGAGCUAAAAGACAGUCAAAGAUUUCGCUCACAAUGAUAAUAAGCUUUUAUUUUUUCUUUUGUAAUCAAAAUGUUACGUGUUCUACCAUUUCGUACAAUCCAAAUAGUAAUAAGUACUCUUAUAUAUACUAUAGAACAACUUUUUGCACUGGCAGCAUAUACAAAUUAAAUAAACCACAGACAGUACGAAUCUUUUAUUGUAAAUUUGUUAACGGUAAAAUCAUAAUAGUUAAAUUAUAAUUUUAAAAGCUGUAUUUAAACGAAACAGACAAACAAACGAAUAUAAUUUUACUGCUUAUUGUAAACU